ACUCGUAUACGACCGACGUCAAUUGAUUUCGGGGAUGAUGACUUAAAUCCAGCUUUCUAGAGCCGUACGCAGGCACUAGGUACCGACGAACUAGACUUUAGUCUUAAUAGAUAUUUUUUUCGCUCUUUCGCGUGGUGAUAACCCAUUUUUAGUUUGUGCUUUCUUUUUUCUCUCACUUAGUGAUUUAUUUAUUAUUAUUUUUAAUCGACUUUUUUAUAAUCGAUCUGUGUGAAAUAUUUGUGGUGACGAAAUGAAUCGACAACAACAGCAGCAACAGAUGCAGAAAUCUCAGCAACAGAUGUCUCAGACAUCUAUGCAACAACAACAACAAAGGGUGACAAGAACUGAACAACAUGUCACCCGACAGGUCACUGGGCAAAUGACAGUGCAAGGUGGCCAAUUAACCCAAGAACAGAUUCAACAAAUUCCGGGUUUCGGGCCAAAUGCUUCACCGCCAGUGUUCGAAAAGGUGUUUAGCAAUGCCCGAUUCGCUCAAGGAGGUGUGGCGGCCUUUGAAGGUCGCAUCACCGGAAAACCACAGCCCACCGUCUCCUGGACGCGUAAAGGCGCACCACUAUUCAGUUCCCAGAAGCAUCGACUUUCAUAUAACGAAUCGACUGGAGAUGUUACACUCCAGAUAUAUCAAAUUGGCCCUGGAGAUGAAGGAGAGUACGUUUGCACCGCCAAAAACCAAUAUGGUGAAGCUGUAUGUUCCGUAUACAUUUCCCCAGAGGGUAUGCAAUUGCCCGACCGAUUCACGCAGAGCCAGCUUGAAAAAACAACGACUUAUUCAAACGGCACUGUUAUUACUGAAGAAUUUAAAAUUGACACCUUUGAAUAUAGAUUACUCAGAGAAGUCUCGUUUCGAGAAUCGAUCACCAAGCGAUCCACUUACGAGAAAGAUUCUCAAAUUUCCACGGUAGUUGAACGAUCUCUCGGACCUCCGGCUCCACCACAGAUCUCACAAAAACCACGCAACUCUAAGUUGCUUGAAGGCUCAGAUGCAGUGUUCACCUCUAAAUUAUCUGCCAAUCCAAAGCCGAGAAUCACUUGGUUUAAGGACGGCCAGAGGAUUGCCGAAAGUCAAAGAUAUGAGAGUACUUUUAGUAAUAAUCAAGCUUCUUUAAGAGUUAAACAGGCAUCGUCUGACGAUUCUGGUCACUACACAAUGUUAGCCGAAAAUCCACAAGGGUGCGUUGUAUCAUCAGCCUACCUUGCUAUUGAACCAGUGUCCACACAAGAAGGUAUAAUUCAUGAAUCAACUUUUAAAUCACAAAAAACCGAAGUUGAAACCUCAGACACUGCUAAAACUCUUGCUCCUAACUUUGUAAGAGUUUGUGGAGAUCGUGACGUUACUGAAGGAAAAAUGACUAGAUUUGACUGUAGGGUUACUGGUCGUCCAUACCCAGAAGUUACGUGGUACAUUAAUGGAAGGCAAGUCGUAGAUGACCAUAACCAUAAAAUUUUAGUUAAUGAAUCAGGAAAUCAUGCACUGAUGAUCACCUCCGUUGGCCGAAAUGAUUCUGGAGUGGUUACCUGCGUUGCCAAGAAUAAGACUGGGGAAACUUCAUUCCAGUGCAAUUUGAACGUUAUUGAGAAAGAGCAAGUCGUUGCGCCCAAGUUUGUCGAAAGAUUUACCACCGUUAAUGUUCGUGAAGGUGAGCCAGUAUCACUAAAUGCCAGGGUUGUUGGAACCCCAACGCCAAGAGUUUCUUGGCAAAAAGAUGGAAUACCUUUACAUUCAACAGCUGAUACGCGUAUAGCUAUUGAUGGUGGCGCAACAACUUUGGAUAUUCCAAGAGCGAAGGCUACCGAUGCUGGCUGGUACCAAUGUACGGCCCAAAAUGUUGCUGGAUCAACUGCAACCAGAGCUCGUCUCUUUGUAGAAACACCACAAGGACCAGCACCUGAACCAAGACGCUUGCACUUGCCUAGACCGACAAAAGUCAUCGAACCUGAACCCGAACCUGGCCCAGAAGUGAUCUACCUUCGCCAUGUGGAACGCUCAAGACCACAUGCACCUCCUGGCGAGGAAGACCGUGUUUACCCACCACCACGAUUUAUAGUCCCACUUCAAGAUUCCAUUCAGUUCGAAGGAGGAAAAGUACACUUCGAGGCCAGGAUAGAACCAGUCGGCGAUCCAACCAUGGUCAUCGAGUGGUUCCUGAAUGGAAGACCUCUAGCAGCUAGCUCUAGAGCAACAUCAAUUUUCCGCUUUGGCUUCAUCGGCCUUGAUCUGAUUUCUUUGAUAAUGAACGAUGCUGGUGAAUAUGUAUGCCGUGCCACAAGUGCUACAGGAACAGCAGAAUGUCGUGCCAUUCUCCAAAUAAGGCAGAGAGAAUCUAUUGAGAAAUCUAGUCAACAUCCAGACAGUUUGCAGUAUAUUCAGCAACUGGAAGACUAUUCCAGAUACCAAAGGCAAGAAAGUUUAGAAGAAAAAACUAACCAAAAACCACACUUCAUACGUCCACUCCAAGAUCUUGGUGAACUCCAAGAAGGCAGAAACGCUCACUUUGAGGCUCAGUUAACUCCAGUGAGCGAUCCCACAAUGAAAGUGGAGUGGUAUAAAGAUGGCCGACCAAUUACAGCCAGUUCUAGGAUAUCUACCAUCUUCAACUUCGGCUACGUGUCUCUCAAUAUUUUGCACCUACGGGCCGAAUAUGCCGGAUCCUAUACUGUGCGUGCUGUUAACCAUUUAGGUGAAGCGAUUAGUACUGCAACUGUUCAAGUUUUUAGUAAAUCCACCGUAACUGGAGAUCUAGGAAUUCCUGAGCAGCAACGCUAUAUUGAAAAAGUACAAGAACUUGAAUCCUGGAGGCAACAGGAUCACCAAAAAUACGUUGUUGAAAGUCCAGAAAGCUUAGCUCCACCCGAGUUUAAGACCCCAAUAAAGGACCAAUUGGGAAUUAGAGAGGGAGGAUUUGCCCACUUUGAAGCUCGCUUAGAACCAGUAGGUGAUGCCACUAUGAAAGUAGAAUGGCUUAAAGAUGGCCGCCCAGUAAAAGCUAGCUCAAGAAUUACCAGCUUUUUCAACUUUGGUUAUGUUGCACUUACCAUUAAGGAAGUUACUAUACAUGAUGUUGGCAAUUACACAUGUAGAGCAUUUAAUGCUUUGGGUGAAGCCACUACUACUGCCCAGCUAAGUGUUGUAAGCAAAAAAGAUAUUAUUUUCGAUUCGCAACACCCUGAAGGAUUAGAAAAGAUUCAGCAUUUGGAAGAUUCUAGUCGCUAUAUGCGAAAGGAUCAAGAAGAAGUACAAGUUACGCAAAAACCAAGGUUUUUGGGACCACUUAAAGGAACAAAUAAAAUUGUAGAAGGACAGCGAGCUCACUUUGAAGCUCGUGUAGAGCCUCAAAGUGACAUGACUCUUAAAAUUGAGUGGUACUUUAAUGGAAGACCCAUCCAGCCUGCCAACAGAAUCCAAACAUAUCAUGAUUUCGGAUACGUUGCUUUGGAUAUUCUUAGUGUCAGAGAAGAAGAUGCUGGUACUUACACUGUUGUUGCAAGGAAUGCAUUGGGCGAAGCUCAAGUGUCUGCUAGUAUGAUAGUUGAGACUCGCGCUAGUAUUGAUACAAGGAGCAUGCAUAAAGGAGCCUACGACAAGACUCAACAUCUCGAGCAAUCAAAAUUCGUUGAACCACAAUACCACAUUGAAGAAAUAUCCAAGUCUAAGCCCAUAUUCGUGGUGCCUCUAUCUGAUCAGCCACCAUGUCAAGAAGGUCGUAAUAUACACCUUGAAUGCAGACUAGAACCAAUGGGUGAUCCAACAAUGCGUGUAGAAUGGUACUGCAAUGGCAAGCCAGUAAUCGUUGGUUCAAGAUUUAGAACUUACAAUGAUUUUGGAUUUGUCGCCCUAGACAUCAUUCAUGCUACUGCUCAAGACUCUGGAGAAUACACUGUUCGCGCGGUUAAUCAUCUUGGAUCUGCACAUACCUCAUCUUGUGUAAGGGUUAUUGGAAGCUCAGAUAUUAUCACUGAUACUCAGCAUGAGCAAUCUUUAGAACAAAUACAGAUGCUCGAAGACUCAUCUCGUUACAAGAAACAAAUACAAGAAGAUGUUACUGUUCUUCAGGCUCCUCAGUUUACUCGCCCAUUACAUAAUAUUGAAACGGUUGAAGGAACCAAUGUACAUAUGGAAUGCCGGCUGCAACCGGUUGGAGACUCUACAAUGAAAGUAGACUGGUUCUGCAAUGGUUUCCCUGUAAAAACUGGACACCGUUUUAGACCCGCUUACGACUUUGACUAUGUCGCCUUAGAUCUGUUGAGUGUAUAUCCUGAAGAUUCUGGAAUUUAUACUUGCCAGGCUAGAAACCAACUGGGAGAAGCAGUAACUUCUUGCAGUGUAAAGGUUAUUGCCAAAAAAGACUUAUUGUUUGACACUCAGCAUCCAGCUGGUCUAGAAAAAAUUCAACAUUUGGAAGAUGCUUCUCGCUACAAGCGUACUGAAUAUGUUGAUGAGCAGGUAACUGUUAAGCCUAGGUUUGUAACAAAGCCCAAAAACUUGGAAAAUAUGGUAGAGGGUCAACACGCUCAUUUUGAAUGUAAAAUUGAGCCAGUUACAGAUUCGAAUUUAAAGGUAGAAUGGUAUAAAAAUGGAAGGCCAGUAACUGUAGGUCAUAGGUUCCGUCCAAUUCAUGACUUUGGUUAUGUGGCACUAGAUAUUGUAGACUUAAUCGCCGAAGAUUCUGGUACUUAUACUUGUCGUGCAAUAAAUGUGAUUGGAUCAGAUGAAACUCAUUGUGUAUUAAAAUGUAGACAAACAGGCCAGAUUAUUACAUCAACCGUAAAUGAGACUGGUUUACAACAAAUCCAACAUUUAGAAGAUCGUUCGCGCUAUCAACGGCGUGAAGAAAUCGAUGAAACGACUACUCAAGCUCCCACUUUUACAAGUUCUUUAAAGAAUAUCGAUAUUAAGGAAGGUCAGCGCGCCCAUUUUGAGUGCCGUUUGAUUCCCGUAUCUGAUGCAACAAUGAAAGUGGAAUGGUUCCAUAAUGGUCAGCCUCUUAAAUCCGGCUCAAGGUUUUCCGAAACUAACAGCUUUGGCUUUGUGGCUUUGGAUAUCCUGUACGCUUAUCCAGAAGAUUCUGGCACGUACACUUGCAGAGCCACUAACGCACUCGGUGAAGCAGUUACUUCUGCCAUCUGCAACGUCCAUUCGAAAAAAUCUCUUUACUUGGAAUCAGUACAUGAAGGAGCACUUCAGCGCUUAACCGAACUCGAAGAUUCCUCUAGAUAUCAACGUAAAGAAGUUCAGGAGGAAGUGAUUUCUCAAGCUCCUAUGUUUACUUUGCCACUUAAGGACCUUAGAACAGCUGAGCAUCAAACAGCCCACUUUGAAGCUAGACUUAUUCCAGUAGGAGAUUCCAAGCUUAAAGUCGAAUGGUUAAGGAAUGGUGUGCCAAUCCAAGCAUCCAACCGAAUUACUACUAUGCACGACUUUGGCUACGUUGCCUUAAAUAUGAAAUAUGUAACUCCAGAAGAUUCUGGAACUUACACCUGCCGUGCCGUAAAUGAUUUAGGAGAAGCAGUUACUUCAUCGGUGCUUGAUGUAAAAUCUAAAGCUUCCCUUGAACUCGAGUCUCAGCAUGAAGGAGCUCUGCAGAAACUUCGCCAACUAGAAGAUACUAGCCGUUACCAAAGACGUGAAGAAGAAGAAAUCCAAGUAACCCAAGCUCCAUUCUUUUCAACCCAACUUAAUGGACCAACUGAAAUUAUUGAAGGUCAAAGCGCUCACUAUGAGUGCCGUAUUGAACCUUAUCCUGAUUCCAACUUAAAGGUUGAAUGGUUCCAUAACGGAAAACCAUUGAACACAGGACAUAGGUUUAGAACCGCUUAUGACUUUGGGUUCGCCAGUCUGGAUAUCCUUACGGCCUAUGCUGAAGAUUCAGGCAUAUACACGUGUAAAGCAACUAAUCUUAAUGGUCAAGCUCAAUCAUCCGUUGAAACUUCAGUCAGGUCAAAAGCAUCCAUUAUUCGUGACACCCAGCACGAAGGAGCCUUACAGAAAAUUCAAUACCUUGAAGAUGAGUCUAAAUACAAAAAAGUUUCCAGAGAGGAAGCAAUAAUUCUAGAAAAACCUCAGUUCGGCAGAGGUCUUAAAACUAUUGAAAACCUACCAGAAGGACAAAGCGCUCAUUUAGAAGCCACUCUAACUCCAGUUAAUGACCCAACAAUGAGAGUCGAAUGGUUCUGUAAUGGAAAACCAAUUCAGACAGGCCACAGAUUUAAAACUACUUAUGACUUUGGAUACGUUGCUCUUGAUAUCCUUUAUGCUUAUGCCGAAGACUCAGGAACUUAUAUGUGUAGGGCAAGGAAUGCUGCUGGUGAAGCUGCAACCACUGCUGGAGUCACAGUGGUUAAAAGUAAGAACCUUUAUCUGGAAACCAUGGAUGAGCAAAGGCUCAAGAAGCUUAAAGAACUUGAAACAUAUGAAAGGCCAAAACGAGAAGAAGUCGAGCCUUUACCCCAAAAACCAGUAUUCCUAAUUCCUUUGAUUAGCCUGGAUAACUUACAUGAAGGACAACAUGCUCAUUUAGAAACUAGAGUGGAACCAAUUAAUGAUUCAAAUUUGAAAAUUGAAUGGUUUGUAAAUGGAGUUAAACUAAAAACAGGUCAUCGUUUUAGAACAACUCAUGACUUUGGUUAUGUAGCAUUGGAUAUUUUAUACACCUACCCAGAAGAUAGUGGUACCUACAUGUGCAAGGCCACCAACCUUGUUGGUGAAGCGGUUAAUACUUGCACUAUUAAGGUUGGAGGUGGAAAGGGUAUUUUAUUAGAUACUCAACAUCCAGAAGGUUUGCAAAAGAUCAGAGAGUUAGAAGCUCAGGGCCACCCAGCUAGAUUAGAAGUAGAAGAACCUGAACCAACACCUCCAAGGUUCAUAACAGAACUCCGUGGUACCACCGAAAUCUACGAAGGUCAAACGGCCCACUUUGAAGCACAAGUCGUUCCCAUCCACGACUCUAAUUUAAGAAUAGAAUUUUAUCACAAUGGAAAGCCGUUGCCCCAUGGUAAUAGGUUCCAUAUCACAUUCGACUUUGGGUACAUUGCUUUGGAUAUAAGUCACGCUGUUCCGGAAGAUGCUGGAGAAUACUCUGUUAAGGCUAUUAACAAUCUGGGCCAGUGUGUCUCUUCUAUUAACCUAAAAGUCAUUUCAAGAGAUAACAUUAUAACAGAAUCACAGAGACCAGAAGGUCUCGAUAAAAUCCGUCAGCUUGAAGCGCAUGAACCAAUGAGGCGGCCGGAAGUUGAAGAUCAAGUCACUAGGCAAAGACCUGUAUUUACACAACCACUUCAAAACAUCGAUUUUAUUCAAGAAGGACAAAAGGCUCACUUUGAAUGUAGACUUAUUCCUGUUGGGGAUCCAACCCUUAAAGUAGAAUGGUUUAGAAACGAGAAACCCUUGGAGGAUAGUUCCAGAAUUACGAAAAUCCAUGAUUUCGGAUUUGUUUCAUUAGAUAUUCAACAUGUCAGGGAUGAAGAUGAGGGUAUCUACCUAUGCAGAGCAUCCAAUCCACUAGGAGAAGCUGUUACAACUGCUUCAAUGAAAAUAAGAACUGAGGCCAGCAUCCAACUAGACACCAAACAUCCAGAGGCUCAGCGUAAAAUUGCUCAGCUUGAACAACCACUGGCCCCAAGAACCGAAGAACCAGACCGUAUAUUUGAAAAACCAAUUUUCACCCAAAUUCUUACUGGACCUACAGAAUUAUGGGAAGGUCAGCAUGCGCACUUUGAAGCGCGGGUAGUACCUGUUGGAGACCCGAGUCUUAGAUUUGAAUGGUACGUCAACGGAGUCGAACUGAAACUAGGUUCUAGAUUUAAGGUGACCCAUGAUUUUGGCUUUGUUACUUUGGAUAUAAUGUCUACAGUGCCUAAUGAUUCAGGAGUUUACAUGUGUAAAGCAAUAAAUAGAGCUGGCGAGGCUGUCUCAUCUAUUUCUAUGAAGGUGAAAUCAAGAUCAAAUAUCAUUGGUGAACCAUUACAACCUGAAUCCUGGGAACAAAUCCGUCUUAAGGAGGCCGAAAUGAACAAAGUGCCCGAAAUGUUUGUUGACACUACUCCUCAGCAGCCCCCAGUAUUCACUACUCAUCUUAAAAGCUAUGAUAAACUUGUUGAAGGACAACAUGUAUAUCUAGAAGCUCAAGUGGAGCCAAGAACAGAUCCCAACCUUCGUAUUGAAUGGUUCAAGAAUGGUGUUUCCCUUUCUACUGGAGCCAGGUUAAGAAGUACUUUUGACUUCGGACUUGUAACUCUCUCCAUUAAUGGCCUUCGCGAGGACGAUUCCGCAAUUUACACUUGUAAAGCUACUAACAAACUUGGAGAAGCUAUUUCGACUUGCACAUUAAAAAUUGAAGAUAAACAUUGGCUUUUGGGUCAAAGUUUACAUCCUGACGCUAUGCCGAAAAUCGAAGAACUUGAAAAACCUCAAGAACCACGUGCAGAAGCCCCAGAGCCUACAUAUGAGUUGCCAAUAUUCAUAACUCAUCUUAAUAAUGUCGAGUGUGUUGAGGGUGACAAUGUGCACUUCGAGUGCCGUGUCGAGCCAGCUAAGGACCCCACAAUGAAAAUCGAAUGGUUUGUUAAUAACAAACCUCUGCCUACUGGUGCUAAGUAUAAAUCUACAUAUGAUUUUGGAUAUAUUGCCUUGGACAUCACCCACUCUUACGAGGAAGAUUCUGGGGUUUACACCUGCAAGGCAACGAACAGCAAAGGCUCAGCAACAACAUCAGGUACCCUACGUUGCACUGGAAAAAGAAGUAUUUAUUAUGAUACUCAACAUCCUCAAGGAAAAGCUGGUUUAGAAGCCAUUGACGAAGUUGAUCAAGCAUUCGCAGCAAAAUCUAAACAUCCUGGCUUUGCACCCGAGAAGGAAUUCCCCAAACCCGUAUGGACUGUCCCACUAAAUCCAGAAUUUACCAUACUUGAAAGCAAACCUUUACAUUUAGAAGCAUCUGUGGAACCAAAGGAAGACCCCAACCUUAAGGUUGAGUGGUUCUUUAACGGAAAAUCGUUAGACCAUGCUUCCAGAUUUAAGCUUACAAGCGAUUUUGGUUUUGUCACAUUAGAUUUAACUGAUGUAUAUGAAAGAGAUCAAGGAGUCUACACUGCAAAGGCAUCAAAUAAAGCCGGAGAAGCAUUUACUUCAACUACAAUAUACUGCACAUCUAAAGCAAGUCUCAUUGAACGAACUCAACAUCCCAAGGGACAAGAAGGUCUUGAGAAAAUUCAAAACCUGGAAGAUUCCCUUAACAGACCUGAAAUGCCUUUUGCUGAAGGUGAGGAAGGUCACGCACCAGUAUUUACUUCCGAAUUCACUGAUUUAACUAACCUUGGUGAAGGAGAAAUAGCUCAUGUUGAAGCCGGCCUAACACCAAUUGGUGAUCAAACAAUGGUAGUAGAAUGGUUCUACAAUGGAAAAACUAUUGAGGCUUCUCAUAGAUUCAGAACAGUACAUGCCUUUGGUAUGGUAGUUCUUGAGGUUUUAGGAGUAAAGAUAGAAGAUUCUGGGACUUACACAUGUAGGGCAACUAAUAGAUGGGGUGUCGCUGAACAAAGUGUCACCAUAAGAUGCGAAGAAAGAGAAUCUGGACAAAAACCUAAGUUUACUACGCACAUACAAGACAUUGUUGGCUUAAAAGAUGGCCAAUCUGCUCACUUUGAAUGUACUCUAGUGCCAGUUAAUGACCCGAACCUGAAAGUUGAAUGGUACCAUAAUGGACAGCCAAUCUUAAAUUCAUCAAGGAUCAAAAUGGUGUCUGAUUUUGGUUUCGUGGUUAUGGACAUCUCUUACAUCCAGGACCAAGACUCUGGCGAAUAUGUUUGUAGAGCUUACAAUAAAUAUGGAGAAGAUUUCACCAGAGCGACUAUUUCGGCUCACGGUAGAGGAGGUGUAUUUUCCGAAAGUCUACAGCCUGAAUCCUUAGCUAAAAUUAGAGAAUUGGAAGGCUUCCAUGGACAAAAAGUGCAAACACCUGCAACACCAGUUACUGAACCACCCAAAUUUAUUACUCAAAUCCAGGAUGUGACCAAACUUGUUGAAGGACAAAGUGCUCACUUUGAAGCUCGACUUACUCCAGUCACUGACCCAGAUUUAGUAGUGGAAUGGUACUACAAUGACCAGAAAUUACCACAUGGUCACAGAUACCGCACCUUCCAUGAUUUUGGUAUUGUUAUUCUCGAUAUUCUAUAUUGUUACGAAGAGAAUUCUGGAGUUUACGAGUGUAGAGCCCACAAUAAAUAUGGAAAAGAUUCUACUAAGGCUACGAUGAAGUGUGUUUCAAAGGCGAAUUUAAUCCUGGACUCGCAACUACCGCGGGGCAUGGAAGGUGGUCUAGAAAAAAUCCAAACUUUGGAAGAUUCUAUGAUUCGCACCAAAGAUGAAAAAGAAGAAAUCACCAAGGGAAGGGCUCCAGUUUUCACAGUACCGUUAGCCAAUAUAGACAGUCUCCGGGAAGGGGAAAAUGCUCACUUUGAAGCCAGAUUAAUUCCCACCGACGAUCCUAAACUAAAAGUAGAAUGGUUCUGGAACGGUAAACCACUUAGAACCGGUUCUCGAUUCCGUACAUUCUGCGAUUUCGGUUUUGUUAUUCUUGAAAUAUCGCCAGUAUAUCCAGAAGAUUCUGGUGAAUACUCGUGUAGAGCUACUAAUGAGUAUGGCGAAGCCGUUACUACUGCGUCAAUGAAGGUAUCGGGCAAACGUAGUAUCAUUUUUGAAUCCCAACUACCAAGAGGAAUGGAGGGUACCAUUGAUAAAAUUGCUGAACUUGAAGGGCUUGGUAUGGCACCUUCUCAAGCUACUCCUGAAGAUGACACUGGCAAACCACCAGAGUUUAUAACAACUCCAUCGGAUUUAAUUCUAGGGGAGAAUUCGUUGGCCCACUUUGAAUGCAGGUUAACACCAAUCAAUGACCCAAGUAUGCGUGUUGAAUGGUUCCACAAUGGAAAGGCUUUGUGGUCUGGCUCAAGAAUUAAGACCAUCAACGACUUUGGUUUUGUUAUUCUUGAAAUCGCCGGAAUUUAUCAGCGUGAUUCUGGAAUGUACACUUGUAAGGCUACGAAUAAGCAUGGAGAAGCAACUGUUUCAUGCACUUUGCAAGUUAAGGGUAGGCAAGGAAUUAUCCUUGAGCCUCAGCUGCCUUCUAACUUCCGAUCUGGUACUGAAAGUAUUCAAAAAUUGGAAGAAGAGCUUUAUAAGAGAGAAGAAAUUAUGGCUGAGGAGGAAAAGCCAAAUCCACCUAAGUUUAUAGUCGAAAUCAAAGAUAACUUAGAUAUACCUGAAGGCAGUCCAAUUCAUUUUGACUGUAGAGUUGAACCUAAGAAUGACUCAUCUAUGAGGAUUGAAUGGUUCCAUAACGGAAAACCUUUCGCUACUGGAUCGAGAGUUCAUCAAAUCAACGACUUUGGUUUUAUAUCUUUGGAUAUUGAUUAUUCAUAUAAUAGAGACGCUGGAGAAUACAUCUGCAAAGCCACCAACAAAUGGGGAUAUGCAAUCACUAAAGCAUCAGUUACUUCUAGAUCUAAACGUAGUGUAGACUUUGAAAGUCAAUUGCCGGCUGGCAUGAGCGCCGAUAAACUUAAAGAGCUCGAAAAGGGUCCAGUAUCUGUUGCACCUCAAGAAGACAAAACAUAUGGACCGCCCAAAUUUGUCACUCAAAUUCAAUCAGUUACCGUAGAGGAAUCUGAGUCGGUUCGCUUCGAAUGUAGGGUCGAACCAAAAGACGAUCCAAAAUUAAGGAUUGAAUGGUACAGAAAUGGAAAAUUAUUACCUGCUGGUCACCGUUACCGCACAGUCUACGAUAUGGGCUUUGUAUCUCUAGAUAUAUUAGGCGUGUAUUCCGAUGAUUCAGGUGAAUACGUGUGCAGGGCUGUCAACGAUCAUGGGGAAGACUUCACCAAGGCCCACAUCACCUGCAAAAAGCUUCCCAAUAUCAUAUUGCAAAACCAAGUGCCGAAAGGCAUGAAGAAAUCCGAAACUCUUAUGCAAAUGGAGGCUGCUAUUAAAAAAUAUACCUCAGAAGUACACCUGACUGAAGAUGACCUAUACGAUGUUGAUAAAAAACAACCGCCAAGGUUCGUAACACAAAUUCAAGAUCAGACUGAACUUGUUGAACGACAGACCUCUAAGUUUGAAUGCCAAUUGGCGCCUGUGGGUGAUCCAAACAUGAAAGUUGAAUGGUUCUUAAAUGGAAAACCUUUAUCACAUAAAAAUAGAUUUACACCUAUCUACGAUUUUGGUUAUGUUGCCAUGAACUUUGGCUGGGUUUAUCCUGAAGAUAGUGGUGAAUAUCUCUGCAGAGCUACCAAUUUAUAUGGUAUGGAUGAAACAAGAGCAGUUAUCCAAGUUGCUGGUAAGCCUGGCAUAAUUUAUGACUCUCAGCUUCCUAAAGGUAUGAAGAGUAUUGAAAGGAUUAGAGAGUUAGAAGCAGCUUGGCAAGUGGUUCCUGAAGAUGCCGCUGAAGAAAGCAAACCAAAAUCGGCACCGCUGUUUGUAAGCAGACCAGAACCAGCUACUGUAGAAGAAGGAGAAUGGGCUAGAUUCUGUUGCAGGGUUACAGGACAUCCUAGACCUAGAGUAAUGUGGCUUAUUAACGGCCAUACUGUAGUUAGCGGCUCCAGAUAUAAGCUAACCUAUGACGGAAUGUACCACAUGGAUAUUCCCAAGACUAGACAAUAUGACACUGGCAAGAUUGAAGUAAUCGCCAGAAGUUCAGUUGGUGAAGCCCUGGCCGAAACUGAAUUAAAAGUAAUUCCGAGACACGAUGAUUACAGAGGAGUACUUAAAAACUCGCCGAGGCCAUGGUAUGACAUAGAACUAUCUCAGUAUCAAAAAGAGCGACAAGAAACCGAGUUAGAGAAAAUAUUCGAUGAACGAAACACGACUCUUAGGGAAUCCGGAGUUAAUGUUUCCGGAGUACAUAUUCAACCGAAAGAAUUUAAAGAGCCUGAAACAGAAUGGCAAAAGACAGUUAAAUCCAAAAAAGGCGAAGAAUAUUAUAAUAAGCUGCAAAGCCUUGAAAACGAACAAGUGACGAAAGAAAUCAAACUUCGCGAAGCAUCUCAUCAAGUAACCAUUCCUGGUGAUAAAAUCGUAAGCAGUUCUUUGGCUAAAGGAAUGGCUCAACAGUAUCAAGAAAACUUGGAACAAGUACCAGAGAGACCUCAACUACAACCCAUACCGCGACUACCCAAAGCAGAACAAGCCAAAAUUACCCCACACAAAGACCAAGUAAAACUUAGGAAGACCGAAAAAAGUAAAGAAGAAAUGCAGACUGAAUAUGAAGUAGACAGCAAGAAAGGAGCUUAUCCCCCAGGGCCUACUGAAUCUGGAGUUCACGGACGGGAGGUGCACGUUACCAAACAAAAACAAACCCAAAAAGAAAGGCAAGGUGAUUUAGAAAUAACCAGAAAUAUCACGUCAACUGAAACCACCGAUGUUGAACACAAAGCAAAAACUCAAGAACGCGUAGUACAAGGCCAAGUCCUUCCAUCUAAUCCGCCAAUUUUCACCAAGAAGAUUCAACCUUGCAGAGCAUUCGAAAACGAUUCUGCAAGAUUUGAGGUUGAGUUUGAUGGAGACCCACUACCAAAGGUGACCUGGUUUAGAGAAGACUUCCCAAUAACCAGCUCGCCCGACUUAAAAAUAUACACUUUUAGCACUAAAUCAAUUUUACAACUGAGACAAGUAUUUAUGGAAGAUUCUGGAGUAUUCAGUGUGGUAGCAGAAAAUCGCGGAGGUACCGCUAAAUGUAGUGCUAACUUGGUUGUUCAAGAGAGACGCAGACAAGGACGUGGUGGUACUAUUCCUCCAAGCUUCAAUACUACUAUUCAAUCAUCUACAACCAACGCCGGCCAACUAGUCAGAUUUGAUGCUAAGAUCAAUGGAACUAAGCCCAUUGAUGUUUACUGGCUAAAGAAUGGCAAGAAGAUAAUCUCAGAUAUCAGAUACAAGACCCUUGAAGAAGACGACUUGUACACUCUUCUUAUUAUUGAGACAGUUCCUGAAGAUACUGCAAAAUAUGAGUGUGUGGCCAUUAACCAAGCAGGCGAAGCUCGUUGUGAAGCUGACCUUACUGUUACCAGCCCAUCGGCACCUCAAAAAAUAACCAAACCCACCACUCCUGGUAGUGAAAAAGCUCCCACCAUAGUCGAACCACUUAAAGACCAAACAAUCCGUGAAGGACAGGCGGUUGCAUUCAGAUGCAAGAUAAGCGGCAAACCAACGCCAACUGCCAAAUGGUUUAAAGCAGAUAAAGUGAUUAAACCAUCCAGGUACUUCCAAAUGACCAAGGAAGGUGACUAUUGCACCUUGAGAAUAUCAGAAGCAUUCCCUGAAGAUGAAGGUGUCUACAAAUGUGUGGCAGAGAAUCCAGCUGGCAAAGUUAAUGUUCAGGCUAAACUGACUGUGCUUGCACCGGAAACGCAAGAAGUUGCUCCAAGUUUAACUGCAAUGAAGGAUGUUAUUGUUCCUGAGGGUAGUCCGGCACAGUUUAAGACCACCAUCUCUGGUAAACCAAAGCCUACCAUCCAGUGGUUGAGGGAGGGUUUCCUUAUACCGGAAUCGCCAGACUUUCAGAUGAUCCAAGAAGGUAACAAUGCAAUUUUGUUAAUCUCUACAACAUACGAGGAGGAUUCAGGAGUUUUCACUUGCCGAGCCACUUCCUCCGCCGGUUUAGUAGAACAGUCCGCAAAACUAAUCGUCAAAAGGCGGCCAGGGACGUUUCGUCAAUCGUCUAAACUAGGCGUGACGUCCCAAGAGUCAACUAUAAUUGAUACCAAGCAACAGGAUAGUUUGGUAAAAGGCGGAGUUGGUAAAAGUAGCGUUUCUUUAGUACCCGGAUCACGAUCCGGGCAACCGGUAGACGGUGCGUUAUUGCCUGUGGGCGAUGAAACAUUAGAUUGGCGAAAACAGCGAUCGGUUAAGAAAAUCUCACGUCACGAAAAAAUUAGUAAAGUCGAAGAUUUGGCUCUUUUGAAAAUCGACGAAACUGAAAAGCUUCAGUUUCAACAAGACGCGCAACCUAAAAGUUGGAGAAAACCUAGACUCGGGCCGAGUUUGAUUAAGCAGACGUCCGUCGAAAUUGAUAUCGAAUCUGUUAUUUCAAAGCCGCAACAUGCGGUUCAAAAAAUUAAAAGCCCCCAACCACAACAAGCCAAGAUAGUUCCUUGGACCGAAGAAAAAAUAGCACUUAAACCUGCACCUAAAGAACACAUUGCCAAAAGCAAAGAAAUCCCUAAAGAAAAACUGGAGGAAGUUGUUCUUAAGCCAGUCACCUUGGAGGACAUUCAAGCAUUAAAGCAAGCUAAGCUAGAACAAGCUCGCCAACCUGGCGAACCAGUACCCUGGACAGAAGAAGAUAUCGAUUUAAAACCUACUCCUCAAGAAAAGAAAGAAAUACCAAAGGCAGUUUUAGAAGAAGUUCAUCUUAAACCAGUUGAACUUGAUGAAAAUAAAAUGGUACCACUUAGAGCUGAAGGCGAACCAAUCCCUUGGACAGAAGAAGAAAUUGCUCUUAAACGAACUAUUACUGAAAAGAAACCAAUUCUUAAAGAAGUUCUGGAAGAUGUGCAACUUAAACCAGUUCAACUUGAUCAUACCACCAUGACGCCUCUUAAGUCUGAGGGCGCGCCGAUUCCUUGGGUAGAAGAAGAAAUUAUUCUUAAACCGACAGUACCUGAAAAAAAGGCCGUACCUAAAGAAAUGUUGGAGGACAUUCAACUUAAACCAGCAAAACUUGGUCACACUAAAUCGACUCCGCUUCAACAGCCAAUUCCUUGGGUACAAGAAGAAAUAGCCUCAAAACCGACUGUUCAACAACAGAAACCACUUUCUAAAGACAUUACCAGUAAGACUUUGGUACAGGAUAUUCAAGACCAAACUUUGUUAAAAUUCACAGAACAGGCAAUAGAACUGAAAGAAGAACAGUUGCAAACCAAAUCUUGGCAGAGGGGAAAGAAAACUGAACAAGUCCAGCAGGUCGAAGAUAAAAAACUCCUUGAUAUUCGUCGCUCUUCUAUAGAGAAAAUAACACAAAAAGUGGAAAGUAAAACAUGGAGACGCGGUUCCAAAACAGCAUUAGAAGGUAUCACACACCAUAUUGAAGACAAUGAAAUUCAAAAAACUUCUACUAAACAAGUAACAGAAGAUAUUCAAACUAAAUUAUGGAGACAUGACAAGAAAUCGGAUGAAGAGGCUACCUCAAUACUAUCUACGAAACAAAUUGAAGAUACACAACAUCUUAACAUUCAAAGUGCUUCUACAGAAAGUUCAAUAAAAGAUUUAGAAACAAGACCCUGGAGACGAGGUCUAAAGGCAGAACAACCUACUUUAGAACCUACACAGCGUAUUACUGAUGAUACAGAGAUUUUACCGGUUAAACCGUCAUCUACAGAAGGAACAACACCAAAGGAACCUGAAGCUAAACCAUGGAGGCGUGGUGUAAAACCCUUAGAAGAAAUAAGACCAAUUAAAGAAUUAAAGCCGGUCAAAUGUUUUAUUGGCGAACUUCCUACUGAAAUUACGGAGAUUACUGUAAUUAAAGAUAACAUCCCUAUAAAAAGUAAAAUUAAAAAACGUAUCAUUAAAAAGCAUGAUGGCGAAAAGGAAGAAACUACUGAAAUUGUUACGAUUGAGGAGGAAGGCAAAGCCCCUCAAACAUCUGUUACUAUUACAGAAAAUCCAACACCUUCGCAAAGCCCAAUUUACAUUGUCAAACAAUUGCCUGACCAAAUUAGAGAAACAUCAGUAUUCGAAGGAGGAAAACCAAAAAAGAAAAUUGAAAGAAAACGAGUUAUAAGAACCCAAAUGGGUACGAAGAAUCAAAUUACUGAAAUUCUAACAGCUGAGGUGGAAGGAAAAUUACCAAAAAUAUCUGUCGUUACACACGAGACUGAAUCACCUAUACCAGAAAAUACUGAAGAAUAUGUUGUCGAGGAAUUGCCAAUUGAAAUAUGUGAAACUGUAAUUAUUGAAAAGGGUGCUACGGUAAAGAAAAUAAAGAAAAAGCGGACCCUGAGGAAAAGAAAAGAUGGCAAGGAGCAAAUUACUGAAAUUGUAACAAUUGAAGAGGAUGGAAAAAAACCGGAAGUAUCAGCUAUAGUAUAUGAUGAAAUUGAUAGCACUCAAGAAGUGACAUCCGUGUUAUUAGAAGAACUACCAGAGGUUGUUCAAGAAAGCUCUAUAAUAGAAGAGGGCACUAGAAAAAGACAAGUGAAGAGAAAACGUGUCUUUAAAAAGAAACUAGGAGAUAAGGUAGAAACAAUUCAAAUUUUAAUGAAUGAAAUUGAAGGUAAACCAGUGCAAUUUACUGUUAUUGAAGACACAGGUAUUCCUAGUAUUCAAAAACCUGAACCUAUUCCUUGGAUAAAGGAACAGGUUCAAUUAAAACCUGCUAAGAUUGUUGGUAAACCUCAAACAAGUGAAAAAUUAGAAGAGGUGCAACUUAGACCACUAAAGCCUCACGACAAUAUCAAAAUUAAGGAACUACCGACAGAAAUACGAGAAGUUACAGUAUAUGAUCAAGGGAUUGCCAAAAAGACCAUCAUAGAAAAAAGGACAAUUAAAAAGAAACAGGGACCCCGUGAGGAGACCACCGAAAUAUUAUCAGUAAAAGAGGAAGAUAAAGCACCUUAUACUACUGUGGUCAUUCAAGAAGAUACUGUUCCUGAGGAGCAACCGAUAUAUGAAGUUAAAGAGUUACCUCUACAAGUGUCUGAAACAGUCGUUACUGAUAAAGGAAUUAAAAAGAAGAAAAUCGAGCACAAGCGCAGUAUUAGAACCCACAAAGGCGACAAGGUGGAAAUUGCUGAAAUAAAAGUUGCCAAAUUAGAUGGCAAAAAAGCGGAGACUACCGUCGACAUAACUGAAAUUGAUGCUCCUAAGGAAGAAGUGGGAGUGGAGGAAGGUUAUGUAGUGGAAGAAUUACCAAUUCAAAUACAAGAAACAGUAACCAUUGACAGAGGAUUAAAAAAGAAGGCCAUUGUAACAAAACGAACAUUUAGAAAGAAGGAAGAUGAUAAGAGCGUAAUUACUGAAAUAGUUAAAAUGGAGGAGUCCGGCAAAAAACCAGAUCUAUCAGUAGUUGUUUAUGAACAAUUACCAGUAGAAGAAGAAUGCUCUUCAAUUGAUAUAAUGCCAGAAGAAGUUAAAGAAUCUGUUGUUACAGAAGAAGGUGUAACUAAGAGGCAAAUCACACGAAAACGUGUAAUUAAGAAAAAGAGAGGAGACAAAGAAGAAGUAACACAAAUUGUAACAGUUGAUGUAGAAGGGAAAGAACCGAAAACUGCAGUUAUCGUAGAAGAAAAACCAGUUCAUGAGAAAAAAGAAGAUUUACCUUGGACAGAACAAGUGAAGCUUAAGCCGGUAAGAAAAACUAGCAAGCCACAAGAUAUUGAAAAACCUGAGGAUGUACAGCUAAGGCCUGUAAGAAAAGAAAAACCUCUAGACAAAGAUCAGACUGUAAGUAUUACUGAGUUACCUAUGGAAAUUUAUGAAACUACCAUAAUUGAGAAAGGAAAGGCUAAACAAACGAAGGUUGAAAAAAGAAUAAUCAAAAAGAAACGUGGUCAAAUAGAAGAAACAACCAAAAUUUAUACUGUUACAGAAGAAGGAAAAGUUCCUGAAACUACGGUAGUAGUGAACGAAAAAUUUGCGCCUACCGAAUAUCCUAUAUUUGUAGUUAAACAGCUACCAGAGCAAGUCUCUGAAUCAACCGUGGUUGAAAAAGGUGUUAAGAGAAAGAAGGUUGAGAAGAAACGUAUUAUUAAAACUCAAAAAGGUAAUAAAGUUGAAGUUGCUGAACUUUUAACCACUGAACUUGAGGGUAAAGAACCUGAGACUGUCAUGAAAAUUCAAGAAAUUGAAGGUCCUAAAGAAACUCCAAUGGAAGAGGACGAAUAUAUAGUAGAAGAAUUACCUAUUCAGAUUCAAGAAACUGUGAUAGUGGACAAAGGAGUGGAAAAGAAGAAAUUAGUGAAAAAGCGAGUUUUAAAGAAAAAACAUGAUGGCAAGGAAGUUACAACAGAAAUCGUAACUACUGAGGAGACUGGUAAAAAACCUCAGAUAUCGGUAGUGGAAUUUGAAGAAUCAUCACCUAUGACAGAAGUUCAAAAACCUUUAAUAAUUGAAGAGUUACCGGAGCAACUAGAGGAAACUACUAUUGUGGAUCAUGGUGUGACUAAAAAACAGGUCACAAAAAAACGCACAAUUAAGAAAAAAAUUGGAGAAAAAGAAGAAACAACGAAAAUAGUUACAGUUGAAAUAGAGGGCAAAGAACCUCAGACUCUAGUUACUGUUGAGAAAAAAGAAACUCCGAAAGAAGCUUUACCUUGGACUGAACAAAUAAAGUUAAAACCUGCGAAAAAAGUAACUAAACCACACGAGAUAGAAAAACUAGAAAACAUUCAGCUCAAACCAGUGAAGCGAGUUCCUCUAAUUGAAGAAGAAGGCAUAGUAACCAUUGAAGAACUACCAACGGAAGUUUGCGAGACUACCAUAAUUGAAAAAGGUAUUCCAAGAAAGAAAACAGUGGAGAAGAGAAUUAUUAAGAAAAAGAAGGGUCACAGAGAAGAAACAACUGAAAUUUUAGCCGUCCAUGAAGACGGAAAAGCUCCUCAAACAAUUGUAACGGUCAAAGAAGAAGCUGCUUUAACUGAACAGCCUAUAUUUGUUGUAAAAGAACUUCCUGAACAAAUCUUUGAAUCAACUAUUGUUGAAAAAGGUGUCAAGAAAAAGAAGACUGAGAAAAAACGCGUAAUUAAAACUCAAAAAGGUGAUCAAGUCGAGGUUACCGUAAUUUCAACAAUUGAAAUUGAAGGCAAAAAGCCUGAAAGUGUCGUAACAGUUCAAGAGAGUGAAGCUCCUAGUGACGUCUCUACAGAGGAAGGAAUUUUAGUAGAGGAACUUCCGGUUCAGAUCCAGGAAACCAUUAUAGUAGACCGAGGAGUGCAAAAGAGACAAGUAUUGAAAAAGCGGACCUUAAAGAAACAACAUGAUGGCAAGGAAGUAACUACUGAAAUUGUUACUCUAGACGUAAGUGGUAGAAAACCACAAACAUCGGUAAUUGUUUUUGAAAAAGAGUUGCCUGUAGAAGAAGAGGUGAUCGAACCUUUAACAAUUAAAGAGCUGCCAGAGCAAGUGGAGGAAUGCACGAUCGUAGAUCAUGGUGUAACUAAAAAACAAGUUACCAAGAGACGUGUGAUUAAGAAGAAGAAAGGAGAGAAAGAAGAAACAACAGAAAUCCUUACAGUUGAAGUAGAUGGCAAAGAACCGCAAACCGCCGUUACUAUUGAGAAAACAGAAGGUCCAAAAGAAGUAUUACCCUGGACUGAACAAGUAAAAUUACAACCAACUAAAAAAGUAACCAAAGCCCAAGCAGUAGAGAAACUAGAAGACAUUCAGCUGAAACCGGUAAAGAGGGUUCAAUCUAUUAAAGAGGAAAGCAAAGUUACUGUUGAAGAGCUGCCGAUGGAAAUUUACGAUAUAACCAUAAUUGAAAAAGGUGUUCCUAAAAAGAAAAGAGUGGAAAAAAGAAUUAUCAAGAAAAAGAAGAAUGACAAAGAAGAAACAACUGAAAUUUUGGCUGUUAAAGAAGAAGGAAAAAGUCCUGAAACGUCUGUAAUUGUCAAAGAAGAAACUGUUUCCCCCGAACAACCAAUAUUUAUCGUUAAAGAACUACCUGAACAAGUUUUCGAGUCUACUAUUAUCGAAAAAGGUAUUAGAAAAAGGAAGACCGAUAAGAAGCGCAUCAUUAAAACACAAAAAGAUGAUAGAGUUGAGGUUGCAGAAAUAUUAACCACUGAAAUUGAAGGUAAAAAACCUGAGACUGUAAUGACAGUUAAAGAAAUAAAAGCUCCUAAGGAAAUCUCAACCGAGGAAGAGAAAUUCACGGUAGAAGAACUACCUAUUCAGAUUCAAGAAACUGUUAUAGUAGACGGAAAAGUGCAAAAGAAAAAACUAGUGAAAAAGCGGACAUUAAAGAAAAUACAGGAUGGCAAAGAAGUUACUACUGAAAUCGUAACUUUAGAAGAGACCGGCAAAGAACCCCAGACAUCAAUAUUUAUAUCCGAAGAAAUUUUACCAGUGGAAGAAAAACUUAAAGAACCUUUAAGAAUUGAAGAGCUACCAGAGCAAGUAGUAGAAACUACUAUUGUUGAUCAUGGCGUUAUUAAAAAGCAAGUUACGAAAAAACGAGUAAUUAAGAAAAAGAAAGAAGGAAAAGAGGAAAUUACUGAAAUUCUCACAGUUGAAGUAGAGGGUAAGGAACCUCAGACUGCCGUUAGUGUUGAAGAAAAAGAAGCUCCAAAAGAAGAUUUGCCUUGGACUGAACAAGUAAAGUUAAAACCAACUAAAAAAAUGACUAAACCUAAAGAACUAGAAAAACUAGAGGAUAUUCAGCUUAAGCCAAUAAAGCACAUUAAACCUUUAGUUGAAGAAGGUAUUGUUAGAAUUGAGGAACUACCAAAAGAAGUCUGCGAAACCACCAUAAUUGAAGAAGGCAUUCCAAGAAAAAGAAAAACGGAAAAAAGAGUUAUUAAGAAAAAGAAAGGUGACAGGGAAGAAACAACAGAAAUUUUGGAUAUCACUGAAGAAGGAAAAGCUCCUGAAACUACUGUAGUGGUAAGAGAAGAAACUGCUGCCACCGAGCAACCAAUAUUUAUAGUUAGAGAACUACCGGAACAAGUCUUUGAGUCUACUAUUAUUGAAAAAGGCACCAGAAAAAAGAAGAUCGAUAAAAAGCGCAUCAUUAAAACUCAAAAAGGUGAUAGAGUUGAGAUUGCUGAAAUUUUAACUUCUGAAAUUGAAGGCAAAGAGCCGGAGACUAUAAUGACAGUUCAAGAAAUUGAGGUUCCUACAGAAAUACCAACAGAAGAAGAGGAGUUUGUGGUAGAAGAGCUACCUAUUCAGAUUCAAGAAACUGUUACAGUGAGUAAAGGAGUGCAAAAGAACAAAAUCGUGAAAAAGCGAACAUUAAAGAAAAAACAGGAUGGCAAAGAAGUUACUACUGAAAUCGUAACUUUAGAGGAGACUGGCAAAAAACCCCAAACGUCAAUAGUUAUUUCCGAAAAAAUUUUACCUGUGGAAGCGAAAGUUAAAGAAUCUUCACUUAUUGAAGAGCUACCAGAACAAGUAGAAGAAUCUACUAUUGUUGAUCAUGGGGUUACUAAAAAGCAAGUCACGAAAAAGCGAGUGAUUAAGAAAAAGAAGGGAGAUAAAGAAGAAACUACCGAAAUUCUGACAGUUGAAAUAGAGGGCAGGGAACCUCAAAUGGCCGUUAUCGUUAAAGAAAAAGAAGCUCCAAAAACAGAUUUGCCUUGGACUGAACAAGUUAAGUUAAAACCAAUCCAAAAAAUAGCUAAACCUCAAGAAGUAGAAAAAUUAGAGGAAAUUCAGCUCAGGCCAACAAAGCGCGUUGAGUCUUCUGGUGAUGAAGGUAUCGCUACUAUCGAGGAACUACCGAAAGAGGUUUGUGAAACCACCAUAAUUGAAAAAGGCGUUCCUAAAAAGAAGAAAAUGGAGAAAAGAAUCAUCAAGAAAAAGAAGGAUGACAGAGAAGAAACAACAGAGAUUUUAGCUAUCACUGAAGAAGGAAAAGCUCCUGAAACAACUGUAGUUGUCACAGAAGAAACUGCCCCCUCCGACCAGCCAAUAUUUGUAGUUAGAGAACUACCCGAAGAAGUCUUCGAGUCUACUAUUGUAGAAAGAGGUGUAAGCAAAAAGAAAAUCGAUAAAAGACGUGUCUUUAAGACUCAAAAAGGCAAUAAAGUUGAGGUUACUGAAAUUGUAACCACUGAAAUUGAAGGCAAAAAGCCCGAGACUGUUAUGACAGUUCAAGAGAUAGAGGCGCCUAAAGAAUUUCCAACAGAACAACAAGAAUUUGUGGUAGAAGAACUACCUAUCCAGAUUCAAGAAACAGUUAUAGUCGAUAGAGGAGUAGAAAAGAAAAAGGUGAUGAAAAAGCGAACCUUAAAGAAAAAACAGGAUGGUAAAGAAAUUACUACUGAGAUCGUUACCCUUGCGGAAACUGGCAAAGAACCCCAAACAACAGUAGUUACUUCUGAAGAACUCAUACCAGAGGAAGGAGAAGUUAAAGAACUUUUAACAAUUGAAGAACUACCAGAGCAAGUAGAAGAAACUAGUGUUAUUGAUCAUGGUGUUAUUAAGAAGCAAAUCACGAAAAGACGAACAAUUAAGAAAAUGAAAGGAGGCAAAGAAGAAACUACACAAGUUCUCUCAGUUGAAGUAGAAGGCCAGGCACCACAGACUGCCGUUUCUGUUAAAGAGAAAGAGCUUCCAAAAGAAGAUGUGCCGUGGACUAAACAAGUCUCAUUAAAACCGACUAAAAAAGUAACUAAGCCUCAAGAAGUAGACAAAAUAGAAACAAUUCAAUUAAAGCCAAUAAAGCGCGUGAAACCUCUUGAAGAAGAAGGUAUCGUUACGAUUGAAGAACUACCAAAAGAGGUUUACGAAACUACGACAAUUAAAAAAGGUGUUCCUAAAAAAACAAAAGUCGAAAAAAGAGUUAUUAAGAAAAAGAAAGGCGACAAAGAAGAAACAACAGAAAUUUUGGCUGUCACUGAAGAAGGAAAAGCUCCUGAAACUACUGUAGUUGUCAGAGAAGAAACUGCUCCCUCCGACCAGCCAAUAUUUGUAGUUAGAGAACUACCUGAGGAAGUUUUCGAGUCUACUAUUGUCGAAAGAGGUGUAAGUAAGAAGAAAACUGAUAAAAGAAGAGUCAUUAAGACUCAAAAAGGCAAUAAAGUUGAAAUAACCGAAAUUUUAACCAGUGAAAUUGAAGGCAAAAAGCCUGAGACUGUUAUGACAGUUCAAGAGGUAGAGGCACCUAAAGAAAUUACAGCAGAACAACAAGAAUUUGUAGUUGAAGAACUACCUAUCCAGAUUCAAGAAACAGUUAUAGUUGAUAGGGGAGUAGAAAGGAAACAGGUACUGAAAAAGCGAACCUUAAAGAAAAAACAGGAUGGUAAAGAAAUUACUACUGAGAUCGUAACCCUUGAGGAAACUGGCAAAGAACCCCAAACAACAGUAGUUACUUCUGAAGAACUCAUACCAGAGGAAGGAGAAGUUAAAGAACCUUUAACAAUUGAAGAACUACCAGAGCAAGUAGAAGAAAGUAGUGUUAUUGAUCAUGGUGUUAUUAAGAAGCAAAUCACGAAAAGACGAACAAUUAAGAAAAUGAAAGGAGGAAAAGAAGAAACUACACAAAUUCUCUCAGUUGAAGUAGAAGGCCAGGCACCACAGACUGCCGUUUCUGUUGAAGAGAAAGAGCUUCCAAAAGAAGAUGUGCCAUGGACUAAACAAGUCUCAUUAAAACCGACUAAAAAAGUAACGAAGCCUCAAGAAGUAGAAAAAAUAGAAACCAUUCAAUUGAAGCCAAUAAAGCGCGUGAAACCUCUUGAAGAAGAAGGUAUCGUUACGAUUGAAGAACUACCAAAAGAGGUUUACGAAACUACGAUAAUUGAAAAAGGUGUUCCUAAAAAAACAAAAGUCGAAAAAAGAGUAAUUAAGAAAAAGAAAGGUGACAAAGAAGAAACGACAGAAAUUUUGGAUGUCACUGAAGAAGGAAAAGCUCCUGAAACUACUGUAGUUGUCAGAGAAGAAACUGCUCCCACCGACCAGCCAAUAUUUGUAGUUAGAGAACUACCUGAGGAAGUCUUCGAGUCUACUAUUGUCGAAAGAGGUGUAAGUAAGAAGAAAACUGAUAAAAGACGAGUCAUUAAGACACAAAAAGGUAAUAAAGUUGAGAUCACUGAAAUUUUAACCACUGAAAUUGAAGGCAAAAAGCCUGAGACUGUUAUGACAAUUCAAGAGAUAGAGGCUCCUAAGGAAAUUGCAACAAAAGAAGAAGAAUUUUUAGUAGAAGAAUUACCUAUAGAGAUUCAAGAAACUGUUACAGUCGAUAGGGGAGUACAAAAGAAAAAGGUUGUGAAAAAGCGAACUUUAAAGAAGAAACAGGACGGUAAAGAAGUUACUACUGAGAUCGUAACUCUUGAAGAGACUGGCAAGGAACCACAAACAUCGGUAGUCAUUUUUGAAGAAGAUUUACCCGCAGAACAAGAUGUUAAAGAUGUUUUGAUAAUUGAAGAGCUUCCAGAGAAAGUAGAAGAAAGUACUAUUGUAGAUCAUGGUGUUAUUAAAAAGCAAGUCAUAAAAAGACGUGUGAUUAAGAAAAAGAAAGGAGACAAAGAAGAAAAUACAGAAAUUUGUACAGUUGAAGUAGAAGGGAGGGAACCACAGACAGCCGUUACUGUUGAGGAAAAAGAAGGUCCUAAAGAAAUUUCACCCUGGGGUGAGCAAAUAAAAUUAAAGCCAACUCAAAAAGUAACUAAGGCACAAGUUGAGAAACUAGACGACUUUAAGCUUAAGCCAAUAAAGCGAGUUCCAUCUGAAGAGGAAGACAUUGUGACCAUUGAAGAACUACCAAUGGAAGUUUGUGAGACUACUAUCAUAGAAAAAGGGGUUCCCAAGAAGAGAAAAGUGGAAAAGAGGAUUAUUAAGAAAAAGAAGGGUAGCAAAGAGGAAACGACAGAAAUUAUCGCUUUUAUGGAAGAAGGAAAAGCUCCCCAAACCACUGUAACGGUGAAAGAAGAGACUACUCCUUCCGAACAGCCUAUAUUUGUUGUUAAAGAAUUGCCUGAGCAAGUCUUUGAGUCAACUAUUGUCGAGGAAGGUGUAAGGAAAAAGAAAAUUGAGAAAAAACGAGUUAUUAAGACUCAGAAAGGUGAUAAAGUUGAGAUUGCUGAAAUUUCAUGCAUAGAUGUUGAAGGCAAAAAGCCGGAAACUAUCAUGAUAGUUCGAGAGUUCGAGGUUUCCGUAGAAACUCCAACAGAAGAAGAAGAAAAGUAUGUAGUUGAGGAAUUACCCGUUCAGAUUCAAGAAACUGUUCUGGUAGAUAAAGGAGUGGAGAAGAAAAAAACUAUUAAAAAGAGAACGUUGAAGAAAAAGCACGACGGAAAAGAAUUUACCACUGAAAUAAUGACUGUUGAGGAGACUGGCAAGGCACCACAAACUUCGAUAGUUGUAUUUGAAGAACCCUUGCCGCUAGAAAAAGAAAUACAAGAAAUUCCUAUAAUUGAAGAAUUACCAGAACAAGUCGAAGAAGCAACUAUUGUAGACCAAGGUGUCACUAAAAAGCAAGUUACUAAAAAGCGCACCAUUAGGAAGAAAAAAGGAGAUAAAGAAGAAACAAUGGAAAUUCUUACUGUAGAAGUUGAAGGAAAGAAACCAGAAACUGCGAUUACUAUUGAGGAGCAGGAACGGCAAAAGGAUAUUUUACCUUGGACAGAACAAGUAAAGUUAAAGCGACCUAAAAAAGUAACAAAGACCCAAGUCAGUGAAAAGUUAGAGCAUGUACAUCUAAAACCAAUAAAGCAGGAUCAACCUGUAGAAGAAGAACGUACAGUCGUCAUAGAAGAAUUACCAAUGGAAAUUUAUGAAACCACUAUAAUAAAAGAAGGUGUACCAAAAACAAAAAAGCAAAAGAAACGAGUAAUAAAGAAAAAGGUAGACGAUAGGGAAGAAACAACUGAAAUUAUAACAAUUGAAGAGGAAGGUAAGAUUCCUCAAACUACGAUUGUUACAAAUGAAGUACCAGCUAUUGCAGAAGAACCCAUAUUUAUUGUACACGAAUUACCCGAGCAAAUUCUGGAGUCUUCUAUAAUUGAAAAAGGCCAGAGACAUAAGAAAGUAGAAAAAAGGCGAGUAAUUAAGACACAGAAAGGAAAUAGGCAGGAAGUUACUGAAAUUGUUACCACUGAGAAAGAUGGCAGUCCUGCUGAAACAACAGUAACAGUUAAAGAAGUAACUGCUCCCAUUGAAAAAUCUCUUGAACAAGAACAAGUACUUAUUGAGGAACUACCAACAGAAAUUAAUGAAACAGUUAUUAUUGAGCAAGGCAUACCAAAGAAGGUGCUUAAAAAGAAAAGAACUUUGAAAAAGCGUAAGAAAGAUAAAGAUGAGAUCACCGAAAUAGUAACAAUUGAAGAAGAAGGUAAAAAGCCAGAAAGUUUUGUAACAGUUUUUGAGGAAACAACACCUUUGGAGCCUUCUACUAUCACAAUAGAAGAACUUCCUGAAGAAAUUGAAGAAAAAUCGGUUACUGAACAUGGUAUAACUAAAAAACAACUUGUUAAAAGAAGAGUUAUUAAAAAAACCGAAGGGAACAAAGAUGAAAUUAUCAAAAUUGUUUCAUUGGAAGAAGUUGGAAAAUUGCCACAAACUUCCGUUACAAUAAUUAGUGAUAUUGAUGAAAACCUUCAACCGAAAAAGAAACCAAAACAGAAAAAACCUAAAAAAGAAGAAAAACCAGAAGAAACCAUGGUAACUUCGGAAGGUUAUCUAUUUGUUCCUUUAAUAGAAGAAAGCAAAGAGACUGAACCAGAAGAAAUUCUAGAUUUACUAGAAAUAGAGUUAAUAAAAAUGCGAUUGUCCAGAGACCUUCCAGAGCACCAAGUUAAUGAAGAAAUUGCAAAAUAUAUUGAAAUCCUAAAAGCUAAGCGAAAGAAAGAGAAAGAAGAAAGUUUAAAAAAGCAAAAACCUGAUGAAGCUGUCGAAUUUAAAGUGGAAGAGUUACCAGUUGAAAUCAAGGAAACAACAGUAGUGGAUGAAACGGGAAAAACCAAAAAGAAAACUGAACAAAAGCGCAUUAUUAAAAAAAGAAAUGGUGAUAAAGAACUCAGAACUGAAAUAGUAACAAUCCAGGAAGAUGACAAGUCACCAGAAGUCUUGGUAACUGAGAAAGAACAUAUUUUAGCAGAUAAUGAUGCUCCAACAUAUUUUGUAAUAGAAGUUCCUGAACACAUACAAGAAACAAUAGUAAUUGAUGAUGGAAAGCCUAAGAAGAAAGUCACUAAAACAAGAAAAAUAGUCAAACAGGAUGGUGACAAAAAGGAAGUUACGCACAUAGUUACGGAAGAAACUGAGGGUGAUCAACCGCAAACAGCUUUGUUUGUAGAGGAAAUCGAAAACAUUGAAAAGUAUCUAGAGCAACCGGAGUAUAUAGUUCAAGAAAUGCCUCUCGAGAUAGAAGAAACAAUUGUUAUGGAUGAAGGAAUACCAAAAAAGAAAAUUGUCAAAAAACGCAAGAUUAAAAAACAAAAGGGUGAUAGAGAGGAAACUACAGAAAUCGUUAGUAUAGAGGAAGAUAAUAAGAAACCGGAAGUUUUUGUAACUGUUUCAGAAUCAGUUACGUCAGAACAGGAGAAACCUAAAUCACUAGUUGAAGAGCUUCCAGAAGAAAUUGAGCAUACUACAGUUAUGGAGGACGGUAAACCUAAGAGAAAAACAAUUAAAAAGAGGAAACUAAAAAAGAAAGAAGGUGAUCAAGAAGAAAUAACAGAAAUAGUUACAGUGGAAGAGGAAGGUAAGAGACCAGAGGUAUCUGUAUCAGUGAUAACGGAAACGGUGACUGAAGUGGAAGACACGAUUGUUUACAAAAUUGACAAAGAUGACCAAAAACCAAAGAAAAUGAAAUCAGUACAUGUAACAGGAAAAAUUGAGGAACCAAUAACUUUGGAUACAAUAUCUUUAAAACCAGUACAGAGACCAGAGGUGGUGAAGAAGUCAGAAGAACAAAGCUUUGCCCUUCCCGAAUUGGUCAAAUUGAAACCAGUUAAGGAGAUUGAAAAAGAAACAACACCAGAAGGUUUAGAACAAGUUAUAUUAAAGAAUGUUGAAAAACCUGAGUUAAUAGAAGCCACGGUUCAUGAACCAAAGAAAAAAUUAAAGAAAAAGAAAAAAGAAGAAAUUGAUCUUCCAGAAAUACCAGAUGCAGAGGAAUAUAUUCCAGAGAUUGCAGAAAAAUUCGACUUAGAAGAUAAACCAAAAACAGAAGAAAAACCUGAGACAGCUCCUUGGAGAAAACAACCGAAGCCUAAGCAAAUACAAGAUGUAGAGGAAAAACUUGGUCUAAAAAUUGGAAAGGGUAAAAUGCCUCAGCAUGAGGAACUUGUAGAGAAGCCUGUCCUUAAGCCUGUGAAACGAGAUAAAGAGCUAAUAUUAGAUUCGAAGAUUAAAACUGAGCAAAUUCAGCUGCGAGAAGGUGAGACGAAACCAGCAGAACUAGAUGAAGGUACAUUUGUUAGUAAACCAAAAUCAUUUAAUGAAUAUCCUACAACAGAUGAAGAUUAUGUUGUAGAACUUACGCCAAAAGUGGUUUUAGAAGAAGUGCAUGCCCCUGAUGAAACAGCGCCUUGGAGACGUAAGCCAAAAGUUAAGCCUGAGACUGAAGUAGAAGAGAAAUCUUGGCCAACGGGUAAAAGAAAGCCUCUGCCUAAAGAAGAACAGGAAGAUAUUAAACUAAAGCCAAUUUCGAAAGAAACACCUUCUGAACCGGAAUUUAAAGUUACCUUGGAGGAUAUCAAGCAAGAAACCGCUUUUAUUGUUCCUGAUAAAGCUCCAGAAGGAGAGCUUAAACUAAGACCAAAAGAAUCUGCCAGUGAAGAAGAGGCAGAGGAAAUAAUUAAAAAAGAUAUUAAAAAACAAAGAAAGGGUAAAAAAUCUGAACUAGAAAUAGAAGAACCUGCUUCAACUGAAUUAGAAACUGUGUUACUAAAACCAGUGAAGAAAUUAGAAAUACCCAGUAAACCAGCAGAAAAAUCAUUCGAUUUGCCAGAGUUAGUAAGACUAAAGCCUGCCAGGGAAAUUGAAAAUGUGGAAGCACCUGAAGAAGUAGAGCAUGUUUUGUUAAAGAAGGUUGAAAAACCUGACCUUAUUCAAGCCAUAGUUACUGAACCAAAGAAAAAAUUAAAGAAAAAGAAAAAAGAGGAAAUUAACCUUCCGGAAAUUCCCGAUGCUGAAGAGUAUAUUCCAGAAAUAGCCGAGAAAUUUGAACUAGAGAUAAAACCAAAAAGCGAAGAAAAACCCCAAGUUGCUCCUUGGAGGAAACAAGAAAAACCAAAGUCACCGCAGGUAAUUGAAGAAAUGCCUGGUUUAAAAAUCGGAAAAGGAAAAAUUCCUCAGCAUGAAGAGUUAGAAGAAAAACCAACACUUAAACCUGUUAAACGAGAUAAAAAAACAGAAGAAGUAUCUGUGGUAAAAUCUGAACAAAUGUUACUACCGGAAGAUGAAGCAAAAAUUAAAGAGAUAAAAGAGGAUUCGUUUAUCUCUACACCGCAGCCUAUUAAGGAAUAUAGCAGACCAGAUGAUGAUUCUCUAAUAGAACUUAAACCCACUGAAAUUCUGGAAGAAGAACGUAGUUUAGAAACAACCCCGUCAUGGAGACGCAAACCUAAAGUUAAACCUGAAACCGAACUACAGGAAAAAACUUGGCCACGAGGUAAAAGAAAACCUUUGCCAGAAGAAGAAAGGGAAGACAUUAAGCUUAAGCCUAUUUCCAAGGAGAAACCAGUUGAUGCGAUAUUUGUUGUUCAUACUGAAAAUGUUAAACAAGACUCUGCAACUAUUAUUCCAGAUAAAACUCCUGAAGGCGAGCUAGAUUUACCAACAAAAGAGCCUAAGUUACAAGAGAAAAUAGAAGUAAUUACAAAAAUAACUAAAAAGCGCAGAAAGCCUAAGCCAGGUGAGAAACCCGAAGAAGAAACUCCAGAACUAGUCUUAACUAAACUAGAAGAGAUCGAGAAGAGUCCAUCCUUGCCGGAAGUAUCUGAAACCCAGAUUACCCUUAAAACGAAACCUAAAUUGGAGGAUGAAGUACUUCCUAUUAAAGAACCUCAGCAGGAAGAGAAAGAAGAAAUUGAAUUCCGUAAAGACAUGGAUGUGCAAAUUAUAUCAAAGAAGAUCAAGCCAAAGAAACCGAAAACAAUUCAUUUUGAAGAUGGACAGCCUUUGCCUGAACUGGAAAUAAUUACUCAAAAACGAACAACUGAAGUUACGGAAAAAGUUCCAGAAGAAGAUCUUAAAGAAAAAACAAUAAUUCACGAAGAAACAUCCGUUCAAACUUCGACUAUACAAAAAAAUCUUAGACGUGUAAAAACAAAAACAGUCGCUCCAAGAUUCACAAAGAGUGUGAAACCGAUCGCUGUAGAAGAAGGAAAGCCAACCACUUUAGUAUGUGAAGUAGAGGGCACUCCUUUCCCUGAAAUAACUUGGUAUAAAAACGAGGCCAUAUUUUAUGGUAACGAACGUGUUACUCUUAACGUAACUGAAAACGUAGUCACUUUAGAAUUCGCUAAGGCAGAACCACAAGAUGCAGCAGUUUAUUCAUGUAAAGCUACCAACUCCGCCGGUGCAGCUACUUCUACAGCAAACAUUGUCAUACUAGAAAAAGAAGAACAGGGCGUCGCUCCUAAAUUUAUUAAACCUCUAAAACCAACCAUAACAGAUAACAAAUCCAAGGCCGUUUUAAAGGCUGUAGUUACUGGACAACCUAUGCCGCUUGUCAAAUGGUUUAAAGAGGAAAAAGAACUAGUAAAUACCCCGGAAGAAAUAAUAAAAUAUUCUCCUGACACUGGUGAAACAACGUUAGAAAUAAUAAAACCAACCUCUGAAAAUGAAAAAAUUUAUAAAGUUGUAGCAGAAAAUAAGUUUGGUACAGCUAUUUGCAGAGCAAAUCUGGUAAUUUGCCAACCUGCUGAGUCCCAACAGCCACUUAUUUUGGAAGCCCCGAAAAUUAUUAAACCAAUUACAUCGGUUACUGCCAAACCUUCCGAGGAAGUGGUCCUUGAAGCUGUUAUUGAAGGAACUAAGCCAGAUAUUAAAUGGUAUCGAAAUGGUAAAGAAAUUACUUCUGACGAUAAAUACGACAUAAUUCAAAUCGAUAAAACUAGCAAACUUGUGAUAAAAAAACACGUUCUCAAAAAACAAAAAGCUGGAAAGUACGAGGUGCGUGCCACCAAUACUAAAGGUGAAGCUAAAUCUGGUAGCACUGUUGUAAUUACUGAAGAAGUAACUGAAGCUAGGGCUCCACGAUGGAUCAAACCUAUCAAACCCCAAAUUGUGGAAGCUGGAGAAGUCGUGAUAUUGGAAACAAGUGUCGAAGCAUAUCCAACAGCAACCUUCCAGUGGUAUAUUAAAGAUGAGCCUGUAGUAUCCAGUCCAGAAACCAGAAUAGUUACCAAAGACAAUAAAUCUUCUUUAAUAAUUAGUGAUUGCAAGCCCAUGUAUCAUGGGCCAAUAACAUGCAGGGCAGAAAAUGUUGCUGGAUCAGUAACCCAUACUACAAGCGUAAAUGUAGUAGAAGAGACCACUUGGGAAGAACCGGAAGAGCUGGUUUAUCCUAGAUUUAUUAAACCGCUUUUGCCAACAAUUGUUAUGGAUGGUGAAAAAGUAUCAUUUGAAUGUGUGGUGGUGGGUAAACCAACCCCAAAAAUUCAAUGGUACCAUAAUAAUAAACCUCUUCGUGAGACCCAAGAUAUUAUCCUUUCUCAAGACAAUGAGGGCAUUUGUAACCUUGAUAUAAGCGAAGCGUUUCCUGAAAAUGCUGGCGAAUAUACUUGCAGGGCUGUUAACAAGAUCGGCGAAGCAGUGUGUAAAGCAACCCUUGUUGUCGAGCCUUAUGAAUACGUUCCAGAUUCCGAACUCGGACAUUUGACCGGUUCUGAGGAGGAUCUUUUAGACGAAAAAACUAUUAGUGAAGGUCCUAUAACAUCUGACGAAGAAGAUUUUGCUCCCAGGAUCAUUAAAAAAUUGCCGGAAGUUAUCGAGACUAAGGAUGGACAUGUUUCUAGGUUGGAGGUUAAGGUUAAAGGUAAGCCAAAGCCAGAAGGUAAAUGGCUUAAACAAGGAGAAGAAAUAUUUCCCUCCAACGAAUUUAUUAUUGAGAAUUUUGAAGAUGGUACUUCUGUAUUAACUCUUCCUGAAACAUAUCCGGAUGAUGUUGGAGAAAUUGUAUACGAAGCCAAAAAUCCCUUGGGUGUUGCCACCACUUCAACCAAUUUACUCGUGGAGAGCAUAGAAGGUAUAGUAGGAACUAAACUAUAUCGUAAACCCGAAUGGGUAACACAGAUGGAAGAAUUACAAUCGGCUUUGAAAGCCGUCCAAGCAGUUCCAAACUUUGUCAAAGAAAUUACAGAUAUUCGAACAACUGAGGCUGAAACAAUAACAUUUGAAUGCAUCUUCACAGGAACACCUAAACCAGAAAUUACAUGGUAUUACAAUAACAACCCACUAAGAAAUUCAAAACAUGUAAAGAUCCGCAUAGAGGAAAAUAAAACAUCAUGCACCAUUACUGAAGUAUCAAAAGAACAUAUAGGCCUAUAUGUGUGUAAGGCUAUUAGUGAAAUUGGUGAAGCCACAACCAAAGGGCAACUGUUUGUCCAAGAAAUACCUGAACAAGCCAAAAAAGAGAUAUUAUUAAAACGAGCCAAAGAAGAGGAAGAGAAGAUCAAAAAAGAAAAGGUCACCCUUGAGAAGAAACGCCUGCUAAGAAAGAAACAGCGGGCAUCAAUUACCACAGAAGAAGAAACAAAGCCACUUGAUAUUACAGAAGUUCAACCAGUCGAAGGAGUUGAAGGCAUCGAGAUGCCUACUAUUGAAAAGGUUCAAGCCAAGCCUUUGUUAGAUAUACAGGAAUCUGUAAAGACAGAGGCAAUAGCUUCUUGCAAGAAAAUCGACGAAAAAGAAACAGAUGUUCCUGUUGAAAAAUUAACAGAAAAGCUUUCCCCAGUCGAACCUUUACGCAUUGAUGAAGUCCUCGCCGAAGAAGUAUUAAAAGAUAUUGAAAAGCUACGUCCAACUAAAGACAGGGCAAUUCCAUCUACCCAAGAAGGAGUAAAUGAACGUGUUAGCAUCACCGAAGUAAAACUCGAACAAAUUAUUGAACGUUGCGAGACCAUUAUAAGACAAAGCGAACUUAAGAUGGCUAAUGAAGUAAUGUAUAUGCUCGAACUUAUAAAUGCAAAGGAAUUUGGACCGGGAGAGUCACCGUUACGAGAAAUUGCUGAAAUUGUUUAUCUUUUGAAAAAUGGCAUUACCGUGAAAGAAAUUACAGUUUUAUAUGACGACAACAAAUUCCCAUCGCUUAAAUCUCCUGAAGCUCAAUCUGCAAUGGUAAAUGUAGUUGAACGAAAAGGUCACAGUCCAUUAAUUUCCGAAGUAUUAACUGAGGAAACUACUAUUGAUGAGAGUCAACUAGCAGCUACAGUUGGGUUUAGAGCUUUAAUGAAAAUGGUAGAAGCCAACUAUGUAACUGUGGAAGAAAUUCUUACCAACUUUAUACCCGAAGAUUUUGUACAACGGGCUUGGGAAACAACAGAAGUUCUUGAGACUACAACAAAGGAAAUGAUAGAGAAGGUUACUAUUGGACAGAAAAUUGAAAUUCAUCAAGAUGUAACCCAAAUUACAAAGAAAAAAUCUAAAAAGAAGGAAGAUAGAGAAGAAUCUAUCGAGAUCGAAGACGUUACCGAGCGUUCUAUGGAAGGUGACAAAGAUUUACAAUCAAAAAAACAAUCUACUGACAUUACCGAGAUCGUUGAAGAAGAACGAAGAAAACGAAAAAUUCAUAAAAAGAAAUCUGCUCAAAAAACUGUUGUCGCACAAAAAAGUACUGAAGAAUAUAUCGUAGAGAAUGAGGAUGUUGAUAUUAUAAAACCUUUUGAAAUAAGCCCACAAUCUGAGGUGCCAUUUAACACAGUAUCAUCGUUAGCUGAGGCUACUGAUGUUACUGGUCUAGCUUAUACCGACCAAAGUCUUAAUAAAGUAAAAGCCACCCAAGAAAUUUUAGCUUUAAAUGCAAUUUCUCAAGAGCAGCCCUUAACACAGGAAUCUGAGGAACUAGCCAAAGAGUUUUCUGCUUUGAAAGCUAAUGCUACCUCAAAGCUUGAUGAGUUGGAAGCUUAUCAGGUUUUGGACAGCAAUCCCCAAAUUACUUCUGGUGAAUUUGAUUCUGUUUUCGAACCCAAUUCAUUCAAAGCUCAAAAAACUGUAGAGCAAUCGCAAAGCCUUUUAAUAGAACAAACCCAGUUGGGUGAAAUCCCUGAUUUACUUAAAAUUAAGAAGGUUGAUAAAGAUAUUGCUCAACUUAGUAUUAUUCCGCAAAUGACUCCUACUAUGGAAGAGGUUAAACCAGAAGAUAAAGAAGACACGUUCAAACCAUUAGAGUAUGAACAGCAAACCCCGCUUCAAACACAGAUACCAAGAGAACUAGCCGAAAUUUCUGCAUUAAGUCAAGUAGUAGAGACCAACACGUUUAUGGACAAGGCUGAAGCUAUUAUAAGUAUUUUACCACAUAGCAGCAUUUUACAAGAAAAUAUUAUCAGUGAAGAAAAAGAAUAUAAUCGCGAACAUGUGUCUGAUGUAGUUCUAACUCAAGCUGCCUCAAAGCUUGAUGAGAGGGAAGCCUACGAAACCACUGAGCAUAACAUUCAAAAUCAAACCUCAGAAUAUUCUGGAACUUUUAAGCCUACCCAUUCCGAAGCAACUUAUAGCAUUACUCCUUCUGAAAGUAUUGAGGUCAGAGAAGUUAAUUUGGGUGAUUUCUCAAGUACCUUAGCCGAACACAAGCAAAUAGAAGAAAAGGCGGAUUUAUCUUUUAUACCUCAGACAGCUACCAACAUAUCGCAGGUAAAUAUAUCUGAUAAAGAAAGUGAUUUAACAGAUGUAAUGAAAAUUCCGAAAGGAGUUGAAGCUAGCAGGUCAUUUACAUUACAAGAAGGAGUUUUUGUUGAAGAAGUUCAACAAGCACUAGCAGAAGGAAAGGUCGAAAUUUCUAAACCCAUAGGUGUUAAGCCAAAAAUAAAUAUUGAUUCAAAUGAAAGCUUGAUUAUUAAAGAAGUGCUUACAGCAGAAAAACAAGGAAAAUACUUGCCACAAUCAUUUGUUGCUACAGAAAUGGCUUCUCAAAAUAUAAUCCCACAAAAAUCUAUUAUAGAAACUCAUGUUCAUGCCCCUGAACUUGAAGGGCAAUAUCAAAGCGAAAAUCUUCCUCCUAGUUUUACCGCCAGAGAAACCAUACCAGCAAGCGAAAGCAUUCUUGUCUCUGAAAUUUGUAGCAGCGAUAAAGAAAAUAUGUUUAAAACCGAAUCGCAACCAGAAAGUGAAAGUGCGCAAGAACAACUAUUGACUUUUGAAGGCGUUCUUGUUAGUGUUAUAGACAGUCAGAUGCCUCAUGGUGAUUUAAAAGAAGAGGCAGAAUUAGAAAAGUAUACUGCACAAGUUGAUCUAUUACCGGUUACGGGAAUUCAAACCGAAACUACUACUGCAGCUGAGGCUGAAGAUGUUUUAAAACAGUUUCCUAUAGAUUCAAAAACUGCCCUACCAGUAUUUUCAUCUAUCGAGGUGGGCGAACAGAUAAUCGUUACUGCUCAAGAAACUGAAAAAGAUUUAACAGCUGAUCAUAAACCGACUACAGUUUUUGCAUCUUUAAAUGUUUCAACACAAGAGCCUCUAAUGAUCGAAGAAGUAAAAACAGAAGAUACUCCCCAAAAUUUUACAGACCAACUGAAAUACCAAACCGAAAAUGUGACCACUAGUAUUGAAAUAACGGAAGCUAAAAUAAUUACAGAAUUAAAUCUUGGUGAAAGAGAAUCCGAAUAUAUAAUUAGUCAACAAAAUGAAUACAGUGCAGAGGUUAAUUUAACUAGACCCGAAGAACAAGUUGUUAUCAGUCAGUCGCAGCUAAUGGAAAGCGAAAGUACACUUAUUCCUUUCGAAGCUCCUGAAGGGCAAAAGGGCAAGACAACCUCAGAACAUUUAUUAACAACUGGCGUAACUGCAAUAGUUACAGCUGAGGAUAGUUCAGAAAAAAUUGAAGAUAAAGCGAUAGAACAAGGUCGUGCAGACGUUAAUCAACAAGCGCUCUCGGAAACUAUAGUUUCUGAAAUCCUUGCUCUCGAUGGCAUAAACAAAAUUAUAAGUGAACAGCCUGACAAGAAAACUGCUACAGCCGAGAUAUUACCCCAGCAAGCCGUUAAUGUUACAGAAGUAUUAACAGAUGAUAAAGAAAAUAAUUUGGAAGAUUCCAAGCCAUUCCAAAGUCAAGCAACUAUUGAAAUUGAUAGUUCUCAAGUUGCUACAAACCUACUUAUAGAAUCACAUGUUGUACCAGAUAACUUGGAUUUAUUAAAACCACUGUAUGAACAGGCUACUGAAGAUCAGAAAGCUAUCGAACCCCUUUAUAUCUCGCAAUAUGAAACUGCUGAAAAAGAAUCUGACUAUGAGAUUAAAAAGCCAGACGAAAAGUUAGGUGUACUAAAUAUUACUGAGGGGCUGUCUAGCCAUCAUAUAGCUCAAAUUAUUUCUCAUGAAAAGGAAGAGGAAUAUAUACCAGGUGCUGAGCCAAUGCCGGGGAUGGCAGAGUAUAAUGUCACUACUCAAGAAGUUAUAUUAAAAACUGAACAUGAAACUGUUGUACAUGCAGAUAAUAUUGUUGAGGAAGAGACUCUUACUGGAAGAGCCAAGAAGUAUGCUAAGCCAUUUACUGAAUUGGUUGUUACUGAAACAAAUGUCACAGAUAUUGAGAAGUUUCUACCGGCAGAUAUUCAUCCUGAUUCCAAACAAGCAGGUAUAGAUAUACUUCCUGAUGAGGCAAUUUUAGUUACCGAAAUUGUUGAUUCGCAGAAAGAACGAAACAUAUCUAUUUCAGAUACUGAGACCGGUAUAGCUGAGAUAUUAUUUAAUAGACAGGAGGUUGCCAUUCAAGAAGAAACUAUUGCUCAAAAUGCACUGGACUACCUCAAACACCAAUUGCCUGAGGAGAAAUUAGCAAAUACCAAGCAAGAUAUGUUAAAUUAUAUUACUCAAACUGAAGUAUUUCUUGGUGAAAUAGAGGGAGAUCAAGAAGCAGAUAAACAACCCGAUAAUAAACAGGCAGAAAUAAUUUUUACGCAAAAUGAAAGCAAGAAUAUUACAGAAAUUUUAGCCGAUGAAAAAGAGUCAGAACUAGUUAAGGAUAUAAUCCCAGAAGCCUUGCAGGGCCAAACUAAUAUUUCAGCUCAUCAGGUGGCAAUUAAAGAAAAAGUGCAGUUUGACGAUUCAUACGACAAAUUUGAGGCUGCUGAUAGAAAAACUGAACUAGCUUAUUCAGAAAUAAAUCCUCAAGAACAUAUUACUACAAUGCAACCCAUUGUAACCGAACAAGAAGCUUCACUUAAACAAGACGAAAUUGCUCCUAAGACUUCUAGUGUAAACUAUGAAGAAGCAAUUCCUUUAAGUAUAACAUUGAUAACUCUAGCUCAGAAGGAAUCUGAAUUUAAAGAAGAUAAAGUUGGUUCUGACCAAGCCACUGAUAUAUUAAUGCUAAAGGAAAAUCUUGUCAUUAAUGAACCGGAGGUGCAUGAUACUGUAAAAGAAACAGAAGUAUUAACACCAACAACAUACAAGGCAACAGCUACUCACGUAGGGUACCAACCUCUAGUCAGCACAGAACUCAUUUUGGGUGAAAAAGAAUCCACAGUUGAAAAAUCAGUACUGCCUACGGAACAAAAAGCUGGCAUAGAAUUCGAGAGUAUAACUGUUCCCCAAGUAAUACAUAUAUUAUCUUCCGAAAAAGAGGAUGACUGCUUAGUUCCUGCUAUUGAUAGCAAGAUUGCUGAAGCAUCAUUAGACGCCCAGCCAGUGGUAGAAGUAAGUGAAGUAGCAAGUCAAGAUUUUCUUGCACCUGUCCAACCUGAUGUAAUAUUUAAAGUAAAUGCUAGCAUCGGGCAGACAGUGCUGGAAAGCAUAACUCAAAUGGAAGUUAUGACGCAAGAUAGCGAAACGUCUCUUGAUCGAGAAAUAUUUGAUUCAAAGGUUGCUGAAAUAGAUAUUUUCCCACAACACGGGCUUUCGGUGACCGAAACUGGCAUAUCUGAAUCUGAGGUUAAAUUUCCAGAAGCAGAAAAACCUACAGAGAAGAUUGCUAGUGUUCAAUUUGAUAUUACAUACGACGUGCCUACAAAAUCUGAGGUUAAUAUUAAUGAAAACGUUGCUACUUUCGACACAACUGCAGCUGUUGCGGCAGUUGCUGAUUCUGAAUUUACGCAAUUAACUUCUCUCACACAAACGGACGUGGUUACAUCUGAAAAAGAAGUCGUAGGAACCAAUAUUGCGGUUUAUGAUAAAAAGCAAGCCACCGUUCAAGUAGAUGAAAACUUAAGUAUUUUGGUAGAUGAAACACAUGUUUCCUAUAUGGAAAAGGAAUUGCUGAUUAAGGAACCUGAAAAAUCGUCAGCUGCGCAAAAAAUAUCAGAUACAAAUACUGUUGCCUUGCAAACAGAAAUAGAUAUUAAAGAUAAACUUGGAACUAUGGAUAAUAUAAUACCGGCGGAAUGCAUCGGUUCGAGCAGUAUUAUUCCAGUAAACAUUGUUAGUCAGUCAAAGCAAACUGCAAUAGAAAAAGAAACUGACUAUAUACCGGAUAGCAAGCCUUUGGCAUCUUCUGCAAAUAUCACCGUUUCCCCCACAGAGGGAAUAUUUACUGAGGAAACUGUUUUAGGUCAAAAAGAAAAGGAUGCUGAUUAUAAACUGCCGCAAGGCUUAUCUGCAACAUAUAACAUAGAUAUAUCAGGAACGGUAGCAGAACGUAAAACUACAGAUGUGUGUGACAGUACUGGCAUUCUAGAAAAACCUAUUGUAGAAACCCAACACGCUGAAAGUCUCAGAGAGGAAUCACAAGGUGUAAUAAUUAUUGAUAAUUCAGCUGAAGAAAAGGAGACACACUUCGAGGAUAAAAUGACACUAACUACAUCGAAAGUAGAUGUAAAAAUAGAGGAAGGUAGAGGCAAUGUCACAAUAUCGGAAUUACUAAUAGCUGAAAAAGAAGAUCUGCUUUCUAAGCAAGAAACGCCAAAUCAACAGAUAGCAAGCAUUACUUUAAGUACCAUAUCAGUUCCUCAGGUAACAGAUAUAAUUGCUAACGACAAUCUAUCCGACUCGUUAGAUUUCAAACCUGAUAAGUUAUUAGCAAAAGUUGCUCAGGCAGAGUCCUAUCAGGUUACCCAAGAAAAACCACUUGUUCACGAAAAAGAAGAUUCUUUUGAAUAUAAAUUCCCUGUAAAUCAAAAACAGGCUUUAAUUCAAAUUCAAGAAGGAAUAUCAGUGGAAGUUAAAGAAAUAGUAAGUGCUGAACGUGAAUCAGAAUUAGACAAAACGAUAGAAGUUACCACGGGUCUAGCACAACCAACAAUCUUAGGUAAUGUUUUAGCUCAGGUUUCAACAGUACAAACUUCAGAUCAAACUGGUAAAAUAGUAUCCGAUACACCCCAAAAAGUUCAAGCCACGGAGGAACAAAACACUUUAGAGCAUAUCAGUUUAACUGAAAAUCUUGUAUUUGAUGUUCAGGAAGAACAAAAACCGUUCGAAUUUGAAGCAAAGACCGCAGUCUCUGAAAUUGAUGAAGUUAAGUCUUUAAGUGUUUUACAAGUUACUCUCCAAGAUACAGUAAGUAAUAUAAACCAAGAAAAAAUCAUACAUGAAAUAGCUACACAACAAAUUGAUGAACUAGCAGCAAUUACUUCAAAAGAAGUUUUACCAAGUGAGACCAUAGGCGACUUCAAUGAAACUGCCAAUGAGACCCAAAUUAUAAAUAUUGUACAAGACACUUUAUCAAGCAUAAUUGGUUCGCAAAAUGUCGCUCAUGAAUUAGAACAAAUUCUUGAAGAUAAAUUAGCACCCGAAUUAAAACAAGCUUCUGUUACCCUGGAAGCAAUGGUAUCUAAAGAAAUAUCAGAAACGACUAUUCAAGAAAAGGAGCAACCGCUUAUAUCAUCUGCUCCUGCACAAAUACAAGAAGCAUCUGCUGAAACUGUUCUUGAAUUUAUUCCUUUACAAAACUCAGAGGUACAGACUAAUGAUAGUUUCACAGAAAUUGAUGAAAAAUCAACAAUACCAGUUUCAGCCAAUGUCACCCAAGAUUCACUUAUUCCCCUUACAACAUCCAUACAAAAGGCACAAGAAAGUGAAUGGCCACUGACUGUCCUUGACCAAAUACAGUCGGCAGCAACAAAAUCAAUUGUUCCCAACAAGCAUAUUAAUGUUACUGAAAUAUUAUCCCAAGAGCUUGAAGAAUCUUUUAAGGAUAUUAAACCAUCUGAAACUCGGGCUGAAAAAGUUAUUUCUGUUCAAGAGGCGGCAAAUGUGACAGAAGUUAAAAGCGAACAAAGCAUUGAUUCUUUAACUAUUGAAGAGCCUCAGACUCACAAAGCCUCUAAAGAAAAUAUUUUAUGUACUGCUGUAAAUGUAAGUCAAAAUGUGGCAGCAGAAAAAGAAGAAACAUAUGAUACUAAGAAACCUACACUUCAUAAUGAAGCCAGUAUUGAAUUAGAAAAGGCAGGUAAAACAGCCAGUGUUGCUGAAGUUUUGGUAAUUGAAAGUGAAAGCGAUAGAUGUACCGAACAAAUUAAACCAGAAAAAGCUGUAUGUGAUGUUAUCGAACAGAAUAUCGUGGAAGGCCAAUUGACCGAAGCUUAUGAAACUAUAGGUGAUUAUGGCAAAAAAAAACCGAUUACCUCUACCAUCCAACAAUGUUUAGAAAAACCGAAUGUUGUUGCCAGUGUAAUGGAAGUUAUUGAUAUACAUGCCGAGGCUGAUUUGACACCCGAAGUGCCGAGCACGGCAGAAGCUAAAUCAAUAGUUAAGGAGUUCGACACACUCCAAAAUUUGCAAGUAGAUUCUUAUGAAAAUAUAGGCCAAUACACUCAGCCACAAAGCCAUGAAAAAAGUCAUGCAACCCCAGUUUUGCAAGAUCUCUCAGCGAUUGCCAAUAUUACAGAAGUUUUGUCAUCACAGAAAGAAAGUGACCUAAUAGUAACUUUGCCUAAAGAGGAAAAGGUAACGCUUUCUGUCACUGACAAAACUGUGCCCGAAAAAGAAGUCAUGAAGGUUUAUGACAGCUUAGGUAAAGAUUUAAAGGAAGCCGUCCCGGAAUUUUCUACUGCCGAAAUCACCAUUGACAAAGCAUUUAAAGCGCCUAAUAUAACAAAGGUCGAAACUAUCGAAACUGAAGUUGAUUUGAGUACUAGUGAGCCUCUCGAAGACAAAGCUAUCAUUUCUGUUAUUGAUCAAUUGGGCAGCCAAUGCCAAGAUAUCCAAUCCUAUGAAAACAUAGGUGAUCAAAUAAAAGAGCAACAACCACUUACUGAAACUGCUAUGACAUCAUUAAGUGAUCUGAAUAACCCUAUUAGUAUAAUUGACCUGCAAACUCUUACAACAGAAUUAGAAAUGGAUCAACCUCAACAUUUAGAAAGUAGCGCAAAUAUAACAUUUACAGAACACUUUAAUAUCGAAGAACAACAAGUAAAAUCAUUAGAAGCUGUUGGAAAAGAGUUUCAAGAUAAGUUACCUUUAGAAGAAAAAGCGGAAUUAAAUAUUCAACAACCUGGAAAAGUAGGUACGAUUUCUGAAGUACGAACAACGCAAAGUGAGACUGAUAUUAUUGAAGAAGUUCCAAAUAAAUAUAAGGCAAGUGCGGGAUUCAUUGAGUUUGAGACUUCUGAAAAGCAGGACACAAAUGUUUUAGAUUCGGAAAAUAGACUAGUUUCUGAGGUCCCUGUAAUGACUGAAGCCAAAGUGGAUCUUGAAGAAGCAAGCAAGAUAGCCUCAGUGGUCGAAGUUUUAACCCAACAGCAUGAACAAGAUUUAAUGCAAGAAACACAAAAGAUAGAUACCGCGUCUGUAUCUGUAGAACCAUUUAAAUAUGUAGGAGAACAAGAAAUUAAAGUCUAUGAAAACACAGAAAAAAUUGAUAAAAGUGAGCAACCUAAGGAACAAAAAGCAACAACACAAAAAGAUUCCUUUGAAUAUUUAACUGAAACAACUAUAACAACCCAAGGUUUAACUGGAUCUUUAGAUAUUCAAAAACCAACAGAGAAAUCUGCUAAUAUGGAUAUAUUGACAAAGGAAAGUCUGAUAGUUACAGAAACUAUUACUCAAGGCAACUUGGGAACUGUUUUUAUAGGUUCUACAGCAAAAGAGACUACCACUACAGGUCAAAUUGAACACAAACCUUUGGUUAGUAGUGAAGAUAUACAACUAUUAGACUCUUUGGGCACUAUUAGUCCUGAACAUAUCAAAUCCUCUAAAGCACAAAGCGAAUAUUCCGAUACCAAACGAAGCGUUAUCGUUACUGAACAAACGAUCUCUGGUAAUGUAACACCACUUGAUCUCGAAACACCCAAUAAGAAGACAGUUAAAGUGGCUAUGACAGAUGUAACUCCCAGUCUGCAAAUACUUGAAGUUGACUUACACGAACACGAGGGCCUGUUGGAAGACAGCACCACACCACAAAUAACACACGUUAUUCCGUCAGAUGUAAAACAUGCUCGUAAGCACUCGGACGCUGAAGAAACCCAUGAAUACGUUACCAAAUUUUUAUCGACUCCAAACAGUGAUGAAUCGGCACAAGUUGUCACUAAACGGACUAUUAUAAAGAAAAAGCACAAAAAAGAUGGUGCAGGCGACAUGGUUAUAGAAGAAAUUAUAUCUGAGACUCAUCCUGAGCAUCAAGAACCACAUGGACCGAUAAUAGAAGAAAUCUCUGAUACUGAAACAACCUCUCAAGUCGGAGAUUAUACAGUAGAUGAAAUUGAAAGUGAAACAGAAUUAGCUCCAAAGCAUAGGGAAAGUGGUAAAAGGAAGAGCGAUACUGUAACAGUAAAAUUGGGUACAACUAGAAAGGGACAAUUUGACGACGACACGAUAUAUAUUGCUGAAGAAUUGUUAGAAGAGCCUCAGAAAGCCAGGGUUAUUGUUCUAGAACAAAUUAUUCCAGAAGAACUUGACUUUAUUAGCCGAGAAGAACUCCCAGAAGAAGAGACAACUAUCAUUCAAGGAGCAACAAAAAAGACCACUAUCAAGAAACGUGUAAUAAAGAAACAAAAAGAAGAUGAACAAGAAAAAACAGAAAUCGUUACAUUAGAGGAAGAAGGCAAAGAACCUUUACCAACUGUAACAGUUCAAGAAGAAAUUUCAGAAGAACCGGUAUUAACUGUCCAAGAACUGCCCGAACGAGUUCAAGAAACAACUGUUGUUGAAGAUGGAGUGACAAAGAGGAAAACAAUUAAGAAACGUGUAAUAAAGAAACAAAAAGGUGAUAAAAAAGAAACAACAGAAAUAGUUACACUGGAAGAAGAAGGUAAAAAACCUUUAACCACUGUUACGAUUCAAGAGGAAGAAAUGCCGGAAGAACCGGUAUUUACUGUCCAAGAACUGCCCGAACAAGUUCAAGAAACAACAGUUGUUGAAGAUGGAGUGACAAAGAAGAAAACAAUUAAGAAACGUGUAAUAAAGAAACAAAAAGGUGAUAAAAAAGAAACAACAGAAAUAGUUACACUGGAAGAAGAAGGUAAAGAACCUUUAACCACUGUCACGGUUCAAGAGGAAGAAAUUCCGGAAGAACCGGUAUUUACUGUCCAAGAACUGCCCGAACAAGUUCAAGAAACAACAGUUGUUGAAGAUGGAGUGACAAAGACAAAAACAAUUAAGAAACGUGUAAUAAAGAAACAAAAAGGUGAUAAGAAAGAAACAACAGAAAUAGUUACACUGGAAGAAGAAGGUAAAGAACCUUUAACCACUGUCACGGUUCAAGAAGAACAAAUGCCGGAAGAACCGGUAUUUACUGUCCAAGAACUACCCGAACAAGUUCAAGAAACAACAGUUGUUGAAGAUGGAGUAACAAAGAAGAAAACAAUUAAGAAACGUGUAAUAAAGAAACAAAAAGGUGAUAAGAAAGAAACAACAGAAAUAGUUACACUGGAAGAAGAAGGUAAAGAACCUUUAACCACUGUCACGGUUCAAGAGGAAGAAAUGCCGGAAGAACCGGUAUUUACUGUCCAAGAACUACCCGAACAAGUUCAAGAAACAACUGUUAUUGAAGAUGGAGUGACAAAGAAGAAAACAAUUAAGAAACGUGUAAUAAAGAAACAAAAAGGUGAUAAGAAAGAAACAACAGAAAUAGUUACUCUGGAAGAAGAAGGUAAAGAACCUUUAACCACUGUCACGGUUCAAGAAGAACAAAUGCCAGAAGAACCGGUAUUUACUGUCCAAGAACUACCCGAACAAGUUCAAGAAACAACAGUUGUUGAAGAUGGAGUAACAAAGAAGAAAACAAUUAAGAAACGUGUAAUAAAGAAACAAAAAGGUGAUAAGAAAGAAACAACAGAAAUAGUUACACUGGAAGAAGAAGGUAAAGAACCUUUAACCACUGUCACGGUUCAAGAAGAACAAAUGCCGGAAGAACCGGUAUUUACUGUCCAAGAACUACCCGAACAAGUUCAAGAAACAACUGUUGUUGAAGAUGGAGUGACAAAGAAGAAAACAAUUAGGAAACGUGUAAUAAAGAAACAAAAAGGUGAUAAGAAAGAAACAACAGAAAUAGUUACUCUGGAAGAAGAAGGUAAAGAACCUUUAACCACUGUCACGGUUCAAGAAGAACAAAUGCCGGAAGAACCGGUAUUUACUGUCCAAGAACUACCCGAACAAGUUCAAGAAACAACUGUUAUUGAAGAUGGAAUGACAAAGAAGAAAACAAUUAAGAAACGUGUAAUAAAGAAACAAAAAGACGAUAAGAAAGAAACAACAGAAAUAGUUACACUGGAAGAAGAAGGUAAAGAACCCUUAACCACUGUCACGAUUCAAGAAGAACAAAUGCCGGAAGAACCGGUAUUUACUGUCCAAGAACUACCCGAACAAGUUCAAGAAACAACUGUUGUUGAAGAUGGAGUGACAAAGAAGAAAACAAUUAAGAAACGUGUAAUAAAGAAACAAAAAGGUGAUAAGAAAGAAACAACAGAAAUAGUUACACUGGAAGAAGAAGGUAAAGAACCUUUAACCACUGUCACGGUUCAAGAAGAAGAAAUGCCGGAAGAACCGGUAUUUACUGUCCAAGAACUGCCCGAACAAGUUCAAGAAACAACAGUUGUUGAAGAUGGAGUGACAAAGACGAAAACAAUUAAGAAACGUGUAAUAAAGAAACAAAAAGGUGAUAAGAAAGAAACAACAGAAAUAGUUACUCUGGAAGAAGAAGGUAAAGAACCUUUAACCACUGUCACGGUUCAAGAAGAACAAAUGCCGGAAGAACCGGUAUUUACUGUCCAAGAACUACCCGAACAAGUUCAAGAAACAACUGUUAUUGAAGAUGGAAUGACAAAAAAGAAAACAAUUAAGAAACGUGUAAUAAAGGAACAAAAAGGCGAUAAGAAAGAAACAACAGAAAUAGUUACACUGGAAGAAGAAGGUAAAGAACCUUUAACCACUGUCACGAUUCAAGAAGAACAAAUGCCGGAAGAACCGAUAUUUACUGUCCAAGAACUACCCGAACAAGUUCAAGAAACAACUGUUGUUGAAGAUGGAGUGACAAAGAAGAAAACAAUUAAGAAACGUGUAAUAAAGAAACAAAAAGGUGAUAAGAAAGAAACAACAGAAAUAGUUACACUGGAAGAAGAAGGUAAAGAACCUUUAACCACUGUCACGGUUCAAGAAGAACAAAUGCCGGAAGAACCGGUAUUUACUGUCCAAGAACUUCCCGAACAAGUUCAAGAAACAACAGUUGUUGAAGAUGGAGUGACAAAGAAGAAAAUAAUUAAGAAACGGGUAAUAAAGAGACAAAAAGGUGAUAAGAAAGAAACAACAGAGAUAGUUACACUCGAAGAAGAAGGUAAAGAACCUUUAACCACUGUUACGGUUCAAGAAGAACAAAUGCCAGAAGAACCGGUAUUUACUGUCCAAGAAUUGCCCGAACAAGUUCAAGAAACAACUGUUGUUGAAGAUGGAGUGACAAAGAAGAAAACAAUUAAGAAACGUGUAAUAAAGAGACAAAAAGGUGAUAAAAAAGAAACAACAGAAAUAGUUACACUGGAAGAAGAAGGUAAAGAACCUUUAACCACUGUCACGGUUCAAGAAGAACAAAUGCCAGAAGAACCAGUAUUUACUGUCCAAGAACUACCCGAACAAGUUCAAGAAACAACAGUUGUUGAAGAUGGAGUGACAAAGCAGAAAACAAUUAAGAAACGUGUAAUAAAGAAACAAAAAGGUGAUAAGAAAGAAACAACAGAAAUAGUUACACUGGAAGAAGAAGGUAAAGAACCUUUAACCACUGUUACAGUUCAAGAAGAACAAAUGCCGGAAGAACCAGUAUUUACGGUCCAAGAACUACCCGAACAAGUUCAAGAAACAACUGUUGUUGAAGAUGGAGUGACAAAGAAGAAAACAAUUAAGAAACGUGUAAUAAAGAAACAAAAAGGUGAUAAGAAAGAAACAACAGAAAUAGUGACACUGGAAGAAGAAGGUAAAGAACCUUUAACCACUGUAACGGUUCAAGAAGAACAAAUGCCAGAAGAACCGGUAUUUACUGUCCAAGAAUUGCCCGAACAAGUCCAAGAAACAACUGUUGUUGAAAAUGGAGUAAUAAAAAAGAAAACAAUCAAGAAACGUGUAAUAAAGAAACAGAAAGGUGAUAAGAAGGAAACAACAGAAAUAGUUACACUGGAAGAAGAAGGUAAAGAACCUUUAACCACUGUCACGGUUCAAGAAGAACAAAUGCCGGAAGAACCGGUAUUUACUGUCCAAGAACUACCCGAACAAGUUCAAGAAACAACAGUUGUUGAAGAUGGAGUGACAAAGAAGAAAACAAUUAAGAAACGUGUAAUAAAGAAACAAAAAGAUGAUAAAAAAGAAACAACAGAAAUAGUUACACUGGAAGAAGAAGGUAAAGAACCUUUAACCACUGUUACAGUUCAAGAAGAACAAAUGCCGGAAGAACCAGUAUUUACGGUCCAAGAACUACCCGAACAAGUUCAAGAAACAACUGUUGUUGAAGAUGGAGUGACAAAGAAGAAAACAAUUAAGAAACGUGUAAUAAAGAAACAAAAAGGUGAUAAGAAAGAAACAACAGAAAUAGUGACACUGGAAGAAGAAGGUAAAGAACCUUUAACCACUGUAACGGUUCAAGAAGAACAAAUGCCAGAAGAACCGGUAUUUACUGUCCAAGAAUUGCCCGAACAAGUCCAAGAAACAACUGUUGUUGAAAAUGGAGUAAUAAAGAAGAAAACAAUCAAGAAACGUGUAAUAAAGAAACAGAAAGGUGAUAAGAAGGAAACAACAGAAAUAGUUACACUGGAAGAAGAAGGUAAAGAACCUUUAACCACUGUCACGGUUCAAGAAGAACAAAUGCCGGAAGAACCGGUAUUUACGGUCCAAGAACUACCCGAACAAGUUCAAGAAACAACUGUUGUUGAAGAUGGAGUGACAAAGAAGAAAACAAUUAAGAAACGUGUAAUAAAGAAACAAAAAGGUGAUAAGAAAGAAACAACAGAAAUAGUGACACUGGAAGAAGAAGGUAAAGAACCUUUAACCACUGUAACGGUUCAAGAAGAACAAAUGCCAGAAGAACCGGUAUUUACUGUCCAAGAAUUGCCCGAACAAGUCCAAGAAACAACUGUUGUUGAAAAUGGAGUAAUAAAGAAGAAAACAAUCAAGAAACGUGUAAUAAAGAAACAGAAAGGUGAUAAGAAGGAAACAACAGAAAUAGUUACACUAGAAGAAGAAGGUAAAGAACCUUUAACCACUGUCACGGUUCAAGAAGAACAAAUGCCGGAAGAACCGGUAUUUACUGUCCAAGAACUACCCGAACAAGUUCAAGAAACAACAGUUGUUGAAGAUGGAGUGACAAAGAAGAAAACAAUUAAGAAACGUGUAAUAAAGAAACAAAAAGGUGAUAAAAAAGAAACAACAGAAAUAGUUACACUGGAAGAAGAAGGUAAAGAACCUUUAACCACUGUUACAGUUCAAGAAGAACAAAUGCCGGAAGAACCAGUAUUUACUGUCCAAGAACUACCCGAACAAGUUCAAGAAACAACUGUUGUUGAGGAUGGCGUAUCUAAAAAGAAAACGAUUAAAAAGAGAGUAAUUAAAAAGCAGAAGGAUGGUAAGCAAGAAACUACUGAAAUUGUUACCUUAGAGCAAGAAGGUAAAGAACCAAUAUUUACAGUGACAACAGAAGAAACUGAAAUUUCUGAGGCACCAACAUAUGUUGUAGAAGAGCUUCCUGAGCAAGUGCAUGAGACCACAGUUAUUCAAGAUGGUGUUCCCAAAAAGAAGACUAUUAAAAAGAGGGUAAUUAAGAAGCAGAAAGGCGAUAAACAGGAAACUACUGAAAUAGUUACAUUGGAGCAGGAGGGCCAAGAACCCUGUACAACGGUAACAAUUGAAGAAACGGAUCUUCGAGAUACAGAGAGAGAGGAUGGAGCUGAUGGACAAACUGUUAUGAAAAUUCCGAAGAAAAAGGUUAAGAAAACUAUAUCCUUGGAAAAACCAAAAGAAGGUGAUACGGGGCAAGAGAAGUAUUUAUUUGUUCCUUUAUUAGAAGAGGAAAAACAAAUUCCGUCAACUCCUGAGGUGCUUCAAUUAGUCAAAAUGGAAACUUUAAAAAUAUUAUUUGCCCAUCCAAUUCCAGAACUGCCACAACUGAUUAAUUUACCUAAGGGAUAUCAGGUAGUUCUUGAGGCGCCCGAAGAAUGUACCGAAAUUGAUACAGGUAAAGGCAAAAAGAUAAUUAAGCAAAGGAUUAUUAAAAAGAAAGUUGGAAAUAAAUAUAAGGUUCUUAAAAUAGUUACCACCAAACUGGUGGGACAUAAACCUAAAUUUGAAGUAACUGAAUUUGAAGAAGAGGUACUGCCAUACGAUGAUGUAACUACUUUUACAGCACUUAUUGAACUUCCAGAAGAUACUCAUGUUUUUGAAAUUAUGGGUGAUGAUAAUUUACCGAAGCGCGUUGUAAAGAGCAAGAAGAAAAUUAUUAAAUCAAUAGGGCCUAAAAUUGAAGAAACCUGCAUAAUAAAGAUAACUGAGGAAGAAAAAUCACCCAAAACAACAGUGAUAGUCAGAGAAUAUGACAUUGAAAAAUAUGAAGCUGAACUCUUUCCGGAAAAAGCCCUAAGUCUUACUGUUACAAACUUCCCCGAGGAACUAUCCGAACAACCUUUCUUUGUAGAAGAAACUGAGUCUUUAGAUAUAAUUUCACCUACCAAAGUUGACGGCGAACCAAUUCCUUUUAGUGAGUUAGAAACCACAGAUGUACACACCAUUGAACAUACUCAGGAACUAGGUCCUCUAAAUCAAGAAGUAGCAAAAGCAGUAGGUAAAGUGACCCAAGAUCUAAAAGAAUCAGUAACAGUAGAAAUGGUGAUGUCUCAAAAGCCAGUCGAAGACACUCCUAUAAUUGAAGAACUUCCAGAGGAAGUCCAAGUUGUAGAUUUAGUUGGAGAAGAUGGUAAAAAGAAAAAGAAAACUAUAAAAAAGAAAACUAUCAGAAAACAUCUUGGAGAUGCCAGAGAAGACACACAUAUUGUUACCAUCGAAGAACAAGAUAAGCCAUCAUUGACCACUGUAACCAUUGAAGAGCAUGAGGAAGAUUUGCCCAUUGAAGCGACAGAAGUUUGUCCUAUAGAAGAACUGCCAGAAGAAACUAUAGAAAUCGAAGAAAAUACUAAGGAGGGGCCUAAGAUCAGAAAGUAUAAGAAACGAACAUUAAAGAAGCGUCAAAACGACAAAAUUCAAGUAACCGAAAUAUUUACAGUAGAAGAAGAGGGGAAGGAUCUUGAGACCUCCGUUGUAAUUAAGGAUGUAACUGACGAGGAGAUUCCUGAAAGUCCUUUGCAACCUGUUUAUAUAGAAGAGCUUCCAGAAGAGUCAACUGUGGAAGAAGUAAAGACAAGAUGGGGUCCUAAGAAAAAGACUACUAAAAAGCGAGUUAUAAAGAAGCAAGAGGGCAAUAAACAACAAGAAACGCAUAUUGUCACUAUUGAAGAAGAAGGAAAACAGCCCAUUACAAGUGUUACUAUAAACGAAAUAAUUUUGCCAGAAGAAGAGAUUAAAGUUUUACCAGAUAAGGCAACUGAAAUUGAGGAAAUUCCCGAACAAAUGAUUACUGUAGAUAUCGACACUCCUGAGGGACCAAAAAAGAAAAUUAUUAAAAAGAAGGUAUUUAAAAAACAAAAAGGGGAUAAAGACGAAGCUAUUGAAAUCAUAACAGUUGAAGAAGAAGGAAAAAUGCCACAAAGUUUGGUGACUAUUAAAGAUAUUCCUACAGGAAAGCCUAAAGAAAAAGUAAGAAAAGUUAAGAAAGCCAAAGUAACAGAAGAAUCGAUGGUCACGCAGGAAGGUUAUUUGUUUGUCCCAACAUUAUCAGAAAAAGAUAAACCUGAAGGUGUAGAAGAGCUCAUCCAAAUGGAGCUCAUUAAAAAGGCCCUAGCCAAACAGGUUCCAGAACAUAUUCCUGCAGAAGAUAUAGAAGAAUUUGACUUUAAGCCCAAAGAGAAGAAAGUUAAAAAGAAAAAGCCAAAGAUAGAAGAAGCUAAAAAACGUGAGGAUGAACAGCUAAACUUAGCCGAAGAACUUCCAGAAGAAAUCCACAUUGUAAAAGCAGUGGAUAAUACUGGUUUCGAAAAAACUACAAUUAUUAAACAAAAAACUAUCAAACGGCGAAAGGGAGACAAAAAAGAAGUGAUUACAAUAAAAACCGUAGAAGAAGAAAAUAUUAAACCACAAAUCAGUAUACUAAUUGAAGAAAAAGACUUAUCAGAUGAAGACGAAUUAAAGGAAGUUGAUUUACAAAAGGCCGUUAUUAUUGAAGACAUUCCAGAAGAAAUUGAAACCGAAGGCCGCGAAAAGAGAAUUAUUAAAAAGAAAAUAAUUAAGCGUAGACGUGGUAGUAAGCAAGAAAAUACCGAACUUACCAUAGUGGAAGAGAAUAAAAAGACACCUCUAACAUCAAUUGUAAUUGAAGAAAUUGAAUAUCCAGAACAGCAAGUAAUGGUGCUUCCUGAAAGAGACAUCGAAGAGGAAAUUAUAACAAAGGUGGAGCCGGAAAUAGUGCAGGUAUAUGAGGACGCUGAUCAUAAAAAAGUUGUAAAAAAGAAAGUUGUCAAAAAACGUAAAGGCAGCAAGCAAGAAACUACAAAAAUCUUAACUGUUGAAGAAGAAGGAAAAGAACCUAUAACAUCGGUUGUUAUUGAAGAAGUAGAUAUACCAGAUGAAGUAUUAAAAGAACUUAAAACACCCUCAUUCAAAAGUGCCAAACCAACAUUUAUUGAAGACCUAUUUGACAAAGUAAGCGUCUUAGACGUGGAAGUCAAGCAAGGUCCUAAAGAAAAAAUUGUUAAAAAGAAGGUCACUCCAAAACAACCUGAAGAACCGAUUGUAGAUGAGGAUGUAGUAGUUGAAGAACUUCCGGAAGAAAUUGAAGUUGUUCAUACCAAUGAUGGUACAGAAAAGCUAGUUAAAAAGCGAACUGUUAGAAAAAGAACGGGUAGCAAGCAUGAAAUUACACAAAUAUAUACGGUAGAAGAAGAGGGAAAAGAACCUCUAUCCUCACUUAUAAUUGAAGAAAUAGAAUUUCCAGAAGAGAUUGCUGAAACAUUGCCUAUAAAGACUGAUCAAACUGUGGUUAUCGAAGACAAACCAGAGAAAUUGGAAAAACGUAAGAAAAUUAUCAAAAAAGUAACCAAACGACCUAAAGACGAAAUAAGUGAGGAAAUCAGUAUAGUAUCGAAAGAAGAAAUAAAACCACAAACUUCAGAAGUCAUUGAGGAAAUUGAAGAAGAUUCUCCAAUUAUUAUUAAAGAGAUGCCAGAAGAAAUACAAAUUAAAGAAAAUGAAGAUGGCACUCAAAAAAUUACUAAAAAGCGUACAAUUAAAAAGCAAAAAGGUAACAAGCAGGAAAUAACGCAUAUUGUGAUCGAAGAACAGACAGGAAAAUCUCCUAUUACUGCAGUAUUUAUUGAAGAAACUGAUAUUCUAGAAGAAAUCCAACCUGAGUUGCCCGUACAAAUUCAGGAGCUACCCGAGGAAAUUACAACUGAAGAAGUCAAGACUAGAUGGGGUCCUAAAACAAAAACUACCAAAAAGAAAACCUUACGAAAAAUUCAAGGAGACAAAGUAGAAGAUACAUUCAUUGUGACAGUCGAGGAAACUGGUAAGAAGCCUCAAACAACGGUGACUUUCGAAGAGCGAACCCUGCCAGUAGAAGAUCUGAAAUUACCUGAUCUACCUAAGCAAGAUAUAAUGGAACUCCCGGAAGAAAUUAAAAUUGUGGAAAAGAUAACACCUGAAGGGCCUAAAAAAGAAAAAGUUAAAAAACGAACUAUUGUUAAGAAGGAUGGGAAGAAACAGAAAAAGAUUGAAAUUGUAACUGUUCAAGAAGAAGGAAAGGUACCUAAGGACACUGUUACUGUUGUAGAAGAAGAUCUGCCAGAAGAAAUCGUUAAAGAAGUUUUUGAACCUCUACCAGAAAAGCCAACUCUGACGUUCAUUCAUGAAUUACCUGAGGAAAUAAUAGAACAAGAGAUAAUUGAUGAAAUGGGACAACCCAAGAAAAAAACAAUAAAAAAACGCAUCAUUAAAAAACCAAAAGGUGACAAAGAGGAAGUCACUGAAAUAACGGUAGUUGAAGAGGAAUCCAAACCACCUCAGUCAACUGUAACAAUUAAGGAAGUUGACAAAGAAGACAAAAAACCUAAAAGGCCCAAGAAAAAGGAAGUUCCAAAACAACUUAGAAGAGAACUUUCCAUAUUACUACCUUUGGAAAUCAAGGAAAUCAAAUUUGAGAAAGUUAAAGUAGUUGAUGCUAAGGAUGUACCUAUGUUCGGUGAAGUAAAACUGCGCAAACCAAAGAAACCUGUUGAACGAAAAGAUACAGCAACUAAAAUCCAAAUUCCAAGACUAAAAAGUCGCAUUCAAUUUAAUGAUUUUCCACCGUUAACAGAAAAAGAGCAAAUACCUAGAAUAGCUAUUCUAGAACCUGUUUACAAAGAUAAUGGGGUCUUAUCUAGAAAUUUAGAAGAGUCUAAGAAAGUACCAAAAACUAAAAAACGACGUCUUAGAGAUAAGGAUAUUGAUGAGAAAUACCUAGAACAAUUGGAUUUAGAAGCCGAAGAACUUAAGAAACGAGAAUUGGAAAGGGUAGAUGAUGAAUAUAAAUUUGAAAGGAAACCUAAGAAAAAGCCGGAACAAAAGGACAUAAAAGAGGGUCUAAAAAUAGGAAAGGGCGAAGUUCCUAAACCCGAACAACCAGAGGAGGAAGUUCAUCUUAAGAAGACACCAAAGAAGCCCAAAGAUGAAGAAGAAAUCGAAGAGAAAAAACGUCCCAAAAAAGAUACCUCUAUAGUUAAAGAGCCAAAAGACAAACCAGAUGAGGAUGACAAAAAGAUCAAAUUUAAACCAUACGAUAUCGAUAAAGAAAAUUUGGAAUUAGAGGAAUACCAACCAGGGGAACCUAAAGAAGAAAGCAAAAUUGAAAAACCGUUAGAACCUAUCAAAAAGCCGAAAAAGAAAAAGGUUAAGUUCACUCCUGAAACUGAAGAGGGAGGUUUUGAAAUUGGUAUUGGGAAACCUAAAACGGAAGAACCUGAAGAAGAAAUAUCUCUAAAAUAUAAACAAAAGCCAAAACCUGAACCUGAAGAAGAAGAAAUUAAAUUAAAACCACAUAAAAAAGAAUCGGAAGAUAAAGAAUAUAAGGUGCUGGUCGACAGAGUUAUGAAGCAUGACGCUAUUAUAUCAUUUGAAGGCCCAGAUAUUACUCAGGAAAUUUCACCAGAUGAAGAAAAAGAAAAAACAAAGGUCAAAAAGAUUAGGAAGAUUAAAAGGAAAGGAUCUACUGCUAAAGAGGAAGAAAUUGCUCCCGAAAUACCAACCGAGGAAAUAAAUAUUUCUCCAGCGAAUGAAGAAACGGUUGAUGAUUUAGAAAAGCAAGAAAUUCAAUCGGAAAUAAUAGAAACACCAAAAGACAAGGGUACUCUGGAAGAACCUGAAAAGAAAGACACUCCGAAAAAAGUAAGGAGAAUAAUUCCUAAACCAGAGGAAAAGAAGGAAAAGAUGCCACGACUUAAAAGCAGAAUUACACACAUACAAUUUCCACCUAAAAUUCAAACUCUUUCCAUUGAGGAACUUCAAGAAGUUUACAGAGGCAAUGGUAUUCUGUCACGUAGCUUAGAAGAAGCUGAACAACUUCCCAAAGUUAAGAAAACCAAAAUAAUUAAAAAGAUUAAAAAGGGGGUAAAAAUUCCAGUCGAAGAAGAGCAGGAAGAAAUUGAAGAUGAAGUGAUAUAUAAAGUAGAUGAUGAAGAGGUACCUACAUUAGAUUCAAUUGUUACAAUUGAAGACCAACCUACUCCUGAAGAAAUUGCCACGGGCGAAGUUGAGACUAUUAAAAAGAAAAAGAUAUUCAAAAAGAUUAAAAAACCCAAAGAAGAAAUAAUAGAUGAAAUACAGCUCGAAACUACCGAGCCAGAGGAAACUUUGCCAUCUGUUGAAAUCUCUGAAUCGAUAGAAGAAUCCAAAGAAAAGCCAAAAGAGAAAGUUAAGAAACCCAAGAAAGUGAAACAAGAAGAUAUAACAGAAGUUGUUAAAUUAAAACCGGUAAAACAAAGUAUUGAACGAAUCCCUGGUGAAAAACCAAAGCUUUUAAUAAUAAGCGAAAUAAAAUCAGAAUUUGCGGAAAUUAAACUUAAAAAGGCUAAGCCGGUGGAAAGGAAGCUCUCUGAGGUAGUAGUUCCGAAAUUUAGAUUGAAGAGUAAACUGCAAAUAGUGGAAUUCCCUCCAUUUGGACAAAAAGAACAGAAGGCCUUAGUAACAGAACUGGCACCAGUCUACAGAGACAAUGGAAUUUUAUCGAGAAACGCUGAAGAGGCAAAAGCAGUAAAACCUAAGAAAAAGAAAUUAGUGACUCGAAUGAAAGAACUUGAAAAGAUCGACCAAGAAUUUGAAGACUUGAAAAAACCAUUAGAGCAAGUCGAUGAAGAAUAUAAAAAGAGAAUAGCAAAACCUAAAAAAGAAAAACUUCUACCAAUGAAAAUAGUGAGGGUUGAACAUAUGCCUCAAAAAGCUAAAGUAAUUGAUUUAACCCCAGAAGUUGUUAAUUUGGCAGAUAUUAAACUAAAAAAACCCAAAAAAAUGGGGGCAACUGAGCCAAUCCAAAUGGCUGUAGCGAAAUUAAGGCUAAAGAGUAGAAUAAAUUGGAUCGAUUUUCCACCACUUAGCGAACUUUUGCAACCUUUAAAGCUAACAAAUAUCGGUGCAGUGCGAGACAAUGGAAUUUUGUCUCGUACAAUUGAAGAGGCUGAGGAGGAAAUCAGGAAAAAACCUAAGAAGAUGAAAGAUAUAAAGAAACAUAAAAAAACCCUCGAAAAACUUGAUAUUGGAUACGAAGAACCAGAAAAGGUUAAGCCUGAAGUUAUUGAAGAGGAGAAAAAAUAUGAUAGAAUACUAAAAGAGCCCGAGGAAAAACCUGAAGAAGAACCCAUAGAGAUCCGAAUUGGCAAAGGUAAAUCUCUUCCCAAAGAAGAAGAACCUGAAGAAAUAAAACUUAAAAAGCGACCUCAAAAAGUUGUAGAAGAGCAAGCCGAAGAAAAAAUCAAACUCAAGAAGCUGGAUCAAUUAAAACAGACCCCCGAAGAGACAUUACCGGAGAAAAUAGUUGAUCGACCGGAAUUCGAACCGUUCGACAUACCGCAAAAUGAAAUAGAGUUGGAUAAAUACGAGAAACCAGAAUUUAUCGAAAAAGAUAAGGAAAAGCAGAAAAAACCAAAAUCAAAAUAUAAACCAGCUAAAAAGGAAAAACCUGAACCUGAAACUGAAGAUGUUACUUUAAUACCUGGCAUCCCCAAAAAGCCUGAACAAAAAGAAGAAGAAACAGUAAUAUUAAAAGCUCCUAGAAAACCACUUCCAGAAGAGAAGCAAGAGGAUAUCAAAUUAAAGCCAUUUAGAAAAGAAGAGGAAGAGGAGACACUUAAGGUUAAUAUCGAAACUAUUAUGAAACAUGAUUCAAUAGUAACUUUUGAGGGGCCGGAUAUUGAGAUGGAAAUAUCACCUGAUGAAGAUAAAGAGAAGACCAAGAAGAGAAAAGUCAAAAAGGUUAAGCGCAAAGAAAGCAUUUUGGUUGCAGGCCAGGAAGAAGUAGAAGUUGCCCAGGCUGAAGCUGAAACUAUAACAGCAGAACUUGAAGAAAUAUUACAACCUAAAGAGGAACCAACUGAAUCCGAUAUAGCAACAGAAAAAGUAGUGCCAAAAGAAGUUGUACCUGAAGAACUUUUAAAGAAAGCUGAUGAAGAUAUCAAACCACUUCUUGAAGAAGCUUCUGAGAUAACGGAAACUAUAACUAAGAAAAUUAAGAAGAAGGUUCCCAAAAAGGUUCCUGAAAUUGAGCCAGGUGAAGAGCAUCCUGAGAUAAAACAAGAAUUAGAAACAGAAAUAGAACCCCAAGAUGAAAAAGAAGUUUCCACAGAUGAUAUUAAAGCACCAGAAGUUACUGAAACAGAUAAACCAAAAGCCGCAAAACCUAAAAGAGCUAUCCCACCUAAAGUGGAAAAGCAAGAUAAAAUUCCAAGGCUUAAAAGUCGAAUUACUCACGUCGAAUUUCCUCCUAAAAAUGAAGCUCAACGAGUACCAGUUAUAUCAGAACUUCCCCCAGUUGUUCGAGAUAAUGGUAUAAUUUCUAGGAAUAUUGAAGAAGCUGUAAAAAUUAAGAAACCAAAACGCAGGAAGCUUAAGGAUGUUGAACCCGAUCUAACCGAAUUGGAAAAGCUCGAUCUAGAAUAUGAAGAGCAAAAGAGAAAGGAGCUAGAGAAAGUCGAUGAGGCUUUUAAAUAUGAAAAGAAAAAGAAAGAAAAGCCCGAGCCGCUUGAGGAGACACCAGCGCUUAAGCUGGGGAAGGGUAAAUUGCCCAAAGACGAAGAAGAGCCUGAAAGUGUAACGCUAAAACCACGUCAGAGGGUACAAGAAGAACUUGAAGAAUUUAUUUUGAAGGUGGAAAAUGUCGAAUACCAAAAGGUAAAACUAUUUGAGAUUACGGAUUCUGAUGUCACUAAGUUACCUUUGGAACCGUUUGAUACGAUUAAGGACGAGAAAGAAACUCCAGAAGAAACAACUGUAAAAGAAGUGGUAGAAACUAAAAUUAAACGUAAAAAGAAAGAUAAAAAGCCAGAUGACCAAGAUGAAAUACCAAAGAUUUCAGAAAAGGCUAAGCCUGAAUUAAAGGGUAUAAGGCUUAAGAGCAGAAUUAUAUACAUCGAAUUUCCACCAAUUUCUGAAGGUAAACAAGUUCCUUUGAUCACUAAAUUAGAACCUGUAGUGAAAGAUAGAGCGGAGUUGUCUAGAAAUAUUGAAGAAGCUAAAGUCAUUAAACGUAAGAAAAAACCAAAGGAUGUUGAACCUAAACUGGAUGACAUUGAGCUCCUAGAUAAGGAACUUGAAGAAUUAAAAAAGAAGCGUGAGAAGGUUGAUGAUGAAUUUAGAGAACAUCCUAAGAAGAAGGUACCGAAAUCUAAAGCAAAACUAAUGCCAAUUGUCGUGGUUUCAGUGAAACCUCAAAAGGCAAAAAUAAUUGAUUUAACUCCUGAAGUUGUUAACUUAGCGGACAUAAAGCUUAGGAAACCAACUAAAAUAUUAGAUCAAAAAGAACCGGUUGAGCUGAAACUGCCAAAAUUAAAACUAAAGAGCCGUAUUAACUGGGUCGAUUUCCCACCAAUCGAUGAAAUUUUACAACUCUUGAACAUAACUGUUAUUGGAGCAAUUCGACAAAAUGGUGAAAUUUCCCGAAAUGUAGAAGAAGCAGUAAAAUUAAAGAAAAAGAAAUUAAAGAAAUUUAAAGAUAUUGAGAGAGAAUCACCUGAGUUGGAAAGUGUAGACCUAGAAUUUGAAAAGCGAGAACCAAAAGAAGAGAAGCCUAGUGAAACACUGAAAUAUGAAAGACCACCUAAAGACGAAUUAACUGAAGAACCUGUCGAAGAAAAAACUCUGAAAAUUCCCAAAGGCAAGAAGCUGCCUGUUGAAACUGUAGAUUCUGAAGAUUUUGUUUUAAAGAAACGACCAAAGCAGCCAGCGGAACAAGUCCCAGAAGAAGUUGUCCAAUUAACCACUGUAGAGCGUGAAACACCGACAGAAACCGAUAAAGAUAAAAAGAAGCUGAUUGAGGGACCAAAUCUUGAGCCAUUUGACCAUGAUCAUAAAGAUAUCGAUUUAGAAGAGUUUAUACCGAAUGAAGAAAAAGAGGUCAAGAAACAUAAAAAAUUAAAACCCAAACAAAAAACUAAGCCUGAAGGUCCUCAAGAAACUGCAGAGAAAGAAGAUAAAAUUAUCACAGAAAAGGCAAUUCCAAAAUUAGCCGAAGUUGAGGAAGAAGAGGAAGUUUCUAAAGCACCUAGAAAGCCCCGACCUGAAGAAACACCUGAGGGUAUCAGCCUUAAACCUAUCAAGAGGAAAGAAGAACCUGAGGAAACCUUUAUAGUGACUGCCGCUAAACCACCAGAAUUAGAAACAGCAAAACAAGUUUUUGUAAAGCCGGAUGACGAAUUUGAAACUGAGCUACCUAAAUUCGAUGACAAGCCAAAGAAAAAGAAAAAGAGGGUUUCAAUCAAGGAACUGGAUGAAAAAGAGAAAUCUCCGGAAAAAAUUGAGAAACCGGACCAAGAAGAUUUAGAAGAAGUUAAUGAGGUUAUUAUUAAACCUAAACCAAAAUUGACAGAGCAACCAGAGGAAGAAAUUGAAGAAGUACGACUACAAAAACCAAAACCAAAAGAAGAAAGUGUUCUUGCUGAAGAAGAAACCAUUACUGUUCUGAAAAAGUCAAAGAAACCCAAAGAAGAUAUUGGGGAAGUAGCUUUAACAAUUAAACCGGAGGAAAAAACCGAAGAGAUAGUAGAGGAAGAGGUUGUUAUUAAGAAGAAAAAGAUUAAAAAACCGAAAGUUCCAGAGGAGUCACCAGUUGAACUAAGUAUCACUAAACUAGAAGAUGUUUUGCCUGUGCAAGAAGAACCUGAAGAGGAAAAGGUGCCUAAGGUCGAACAACCUAGUAAGGAACCUGAAACUGUUGCAACAGAAAUCCAGCCGGAGAUAAAGGGUACUAUGGAAGAACCCGAAGAAAGCUUUACCAUAAAGAAAAAACCUAAAAAAGAAGCUCCAGAAACAGAGAAAUCGAUUACACUGAAGGAAACACCAGACGAUAUAGUGGAAGAAAAAAUUGUUAUUAAGAAGAAAAAAGUUAAAAAACCUGUUCCGGAAAUUGAAUCCGUUGAAGUAAACAUUAAAAAAAUUGAAGAGGACCUUCCAGAAGAAGUAAGAGUCGAGCCCGAUCUAUUAACAGAAGAAACUACAGUUACUAUUAAGAAAAAACCCAAAAUAGUACCUCAAGAAGAAAAAGAAAUUGAAGCUGAAAUAAUACUUAAGAAACCUCAAGAAAAAGAAGAAGACACACCUGUCCAAGCAGAAGCAACAGUUAUAAAACCGGAAUCUCCUGUAGAUACUGGUGAACCUCUUGAUACAUCUGCAGAAUUUGUGGUUAUUGCAAAGGAUCAAGAAGAAAUUAAGCCUAGAACUACAGAAAAACCUAAAACACCAGAAGACAAAGUAAAAACUGUCAAGAAAAAGAAAACACCAGAAAAAGUUCCCACAGAUGAGUCAAGCAUUAAGGCUGACGAAGUAACCAUUCCUAAAAAGGAAACGGAACCUGAAGAAGAAAAUGUGGAAGUGGAGCUUAAGAUUCCUCAACCGAAAAAGAAGGAACCAGAACAUACUGAGGAUGAAGAAAUAGUUGAAAAAGUAAUACUAACUCCGCAAGAUAAACUUAAGGAAGAAGACGAAGUUCAGGCCGAAAUAAAAAUGCCAAUAAAGAAAAAGAAAAAGCCCCAACCUGAAGAAACUUCUGAAUUUACUCUACAAAAACCUAUGGAAAUCACUGACGAAACCGAAGCGGAUAUUAAAUUACCCAAAAAGACUCCUAAAAUUCCAGAUGAAGAAAAGGACACCCUAGUUGUAAAGAAACAUGUUCCUACUAAUGAAGAAGAAGAGGUUGAACUUAAGGUACCAUUAAUUAAAAAACAACAACCAGAAGAAGAGGAAGAAGUAACAGUUAAAAAGCUUGUGGUAACUCCUGAAGAUGAGCAAGUGGUACAAGCGGCGAUUAAGAUUCCAAAGAAGAAAAAGGAAAUACCAGAAGAAGUCAAAGAUGAAGUAACUAUUAAAAAAGUAGUUCCUGAAAAAGAAACAGCUAUACCUGAGGAAGAAAACGUGGAAGUUGAACUUAAGGCUCCCCGACCUAAAAAGAAGCAAUCAGAAGUAGCUGAAGACGAGGAAACUAUUACAACGGUAUUGCCAACCCCUCAAGAGGAACUUAAAGAAGAAGAUGAAGUUCAGACCAAAAUUAAAAUACCCACCAAAAAAAUUAAAAAGCCCCGGACUGAAGAAGCUGCUGAAGUUACUGUGCAAAAACCUGCAGAAGUAAGCGAUGAAACCAAAGCUGAUAUAAAAUUACCCAAAAAGGCCCCUAAAAAACCAGAUGAAGAAAAGGACGAACUUAUCGUAAAGAAACAUGUUCCUGUUGACGAAGAUGAACAGGCUGAAUUUAAAGUUCCUUUGGUAAAAAAGAAGGAGCCGGAAGAAAAAGAGGAUGAAAUAUUACUUAAAAAGUCUGUAUUAACUCCUGAAACUGAAGAAGAAGUUCAAGCGGAGAUCAAAAUUCCAAAGAAGAAAAAGCUAAAGCCAGAAGCUGCCGAAGAUGAAGUUGCUAUAAAAAAACAUGUACCCCUACCUGAUACAGAUGAAGAUACUGAGGGCUUUAAAUUAAAACCUGAUAGUGAAACGGAUAUAGAUAUCAAACUCUCUAAGAAAAUUCCUAAGACGCAAGAUGAAGAAGACGAUGAACUCACUGUUAAGAGACAUAUUCCUGUAGAAGAAAAGGAUGAUGAGCUAGAGACGGAGGUAGUUCUUAAAAGAAGAGAAACUCCCAAUGAACCUGAGGCCGACCUAAAAAUCAAGAAAAAGCCUAAAGAGAAAGCAGUAAAAGAUGAGUCAGAUGAAAUUUCCAUUAAAAAGCUUAAACCUGUUCGUAAAACUUCUAUUCCUGAAGAAGUAAAAGAGGAAGAAAUUCCAUCAGUUACAUUUAAACCAAGAACCUCCAAAACCAAAGAAGACAUUGAGCAGGAAUUUAAAAUUUCUCUUGAUUCUUAUGCCGAAGAGGAAAUCAGUCUCUCUUCUAAAAUUAAAUUGAAAAAGCCAAAACGCCAACCAACAUUUGGCGAAGAAGCAGCAGAAGAAUCUCUUAAGAUAAUAGAGGAAAUUGAAAGUGAAGGACCUGUUAUCGAAGAAAUUAUUGAUGAGGGCAGUGAUGCAGAGGAAUUGCCUUUGGACGAUGAUGAUAUGCCUGAAGAUUUCCAUAUAGCAUUUAAACGUAAGCCCUCAAGGAAGUACUCAAUAGUACAUGAAGACGAAGAAGAUGUGAGUCUUAGUAUUAAAAAGCCCUAUAAAAAAGAUGAUAUGGAAGCUGACACGGAGAUUGACGUUAAGAUUAAACCUAAGAGAAGAGAUUCAGUAACUUUAUCAGAAGAGGUUUCUCUCAGCAUUACUAAAGAGAAGGAAAUAGAGAAAAUAACUGUUAUUCAUGAAGAAGAAGUUCACAAAGGUGACGUUUACUAUUCGGUCACGUUUUAUGAUGCAGAAGUUGAACAAGCAUGUGAUCUUGUUGAAGGUGAAAAAGUAUACGUAAAAGAAACUCAAGGUGAAUGGUGGUUCGUAAAAAAACAUCUUAGUGAAGAUAGUGGAUGGGUACCGGCUAACAUUCUUAUGGAUGAAGAGCAAUAUAUUCAGUUUGUACAGAAAAAAAUUAACGAAAAGAUUGACAAACUACCAGUUCUCGAGAAACCAAAAUCAUCUGAGAAACCCAGGGCUCCUAAGUUUAUAGAAAAGCUAACGCCCAUAACGACGCACGAUGGCUUCUGUGUCACAUUUAGAUGUAAAGUUGAAGGAUUUCCACGUCCUCAAGUGACCUGGUUCCGUCAGACACAUAUUAUCAAGGAAUCCACCGACUUCGAAAUUUAUUAUACAGAAGAUAAUGAAGCAUCUUUAGUCAUCAAAGAAGUUUUUCCCGAAGACGCUGGUACAUUUACAUGUGUUGCUAAAAAUUCAUGUGGUUUUGCUUCUAGUACUGCCGAAUUAACUGUAGAAGGUCCAUUAUCCACUCAUGGAACCGACAGAACGCAUUCUAUUUCUAGAAAGAGUCUUUCAAGGACAUCUUCACUGACAGACAUGCUAGAGGGUAUGCCUCCUGUAUUUGCCAAGAAGCCUAAAACCCAAGUUGUUCCGGAAGAUUCUGACGUAACAGUUGAAGCGAUACUAGCAGGCAUUCCGGAACCUGAAAUUAAGUGGUACAGAAAUGGAAAGAAAAUAACUUCCAAAGAUAAUGUUACUAUUACCACUACUGUCAAAGAAUAUAUAUACACCACAAAAAUAACAGUAACGAAAAUACAAAAGAAACAAGAGGGAAGGUUUAAGAUUGUUGCCAAGAAUUCUGAAGGUCAUGCAUACGCAGAAUUUACUAUUAGGGUACGAUCAACUGAAAAGUGUCCUCCGGUGGUAGAAGAACCACUUAUAUCUACAACUGUAACGAAGGGUGAAGAAGUUACUUUACUGACCACGAUUACCGGUUAUCCGGAACCAGCCAUUCAAUGGUUCAAAAAUAAUAAACCACUAGAGGAACCAUCUCCUAGGCGUAACGGAGAUACUUAUACAAUAAUUAUUAGGAAGGCCAGUUCAAGUGAUGCUGGAGAAUAUACUGUAAAAGCAAGAAACUCAUUAGGAUCGGCAGAAACUACUGCUUUUGUAACUGUUCAAGAUUUCACAGGAGACGAACCUCCAUUAUUUGUCAAACGUUUCGAAGAACAAAACAUUCCUGAAAAGACGCCACUUAUUCUAAGAGCUAAAGUAUUAGGACGCCCCGUACCAGAUGUAACCUGGCUUUUUAAUAAUCAACCACUGGAAUCAUCAGAUAGGGUGCGCAUUCUUUAUGAUGAGGAAAACAUUGAGCUCACCAUUAAAGAAACUAAUUCCGAACUAGAUUCUGGUAUUUACAAAUGUGUAGCAACCAAUAAAAUGGGCCGGGCAUCUCAUGGUGCUUCGGUAAACGUUGAGGUUGAUACUGUGAAAUUCACAAAGAAACUUCAAAAGUCCUACAAAACAUUCGAACGGGAAACUAUCGAGCUUGAAUGCGAGACUUCUCAUUCUGUUAGAACUAAAUGGUGGUUCAAUGAGACGGAAAUCAGUGGAAUGGACCAUCGUGUGGUGAGUCAAGAUGGCAGGACCCACAAACUGAUUAUAAGAAACACUUCUAAAAACGAUGAAGGCUCUUACAAAUGCACAGUUAAAAACCAAAAAACUGAAACAAGCGUUGAGGUAGAACAAAGAAAACUUGAAUUCGUUAAAAAAUUGCAAGAUCUAGAAAUAACUGAAAAAGACACAGCUAUUUUAGAAGUGGAAAUAACUUCGGAUACUGCUGAUGUAAUUUGGCUCAAAGAUGGGCUUCCCAUCUUAGAAAAGGAUGAUAAAUUUGAAAGCGAGAAAAUCAAAGGUGUUCGCAAAUUAUUAAUUCGAUCAACAUCAAUACAUGAUGAAGGUGAAUAUGCCUGUAAACUUCUUGAGGAGGAAUGCAAAGCUGAUGUCACUGUUAUAGAACUUCCUCCUGAAAUAAUAACACCCUUACAAGAUAAAACAGUUAUUAAAGGCGAAAAGGCCGUUUUUGAAAUCGAACUAUCGAAAGGUGAUGCUUUGGCCAAAUGGUACAAGAACGGCAAAGAAAUACAAUUCUCCGAACACAUCCAGUUAUCUAUUGAUGGAAAAAGGCAAAAACUUAAAAUUUAUAAAUGUGAACAGGAUGAUGAAGGCGAGUACUUAUGUAAAGUUGGAACCCAAUCAUCAAGUGCAAGACUCACUGUAACUGUACCGUCGUGCGAAUGGAUUCGGCCACUUCCUGAAAUAACUACAGCAACUGAAGAGUCUGAUGCUGAAUUUGAAGUUGAACUUUCCAAAGAAGAUGCUGAGGUUACUUGGUGGUACAAAGAAACUAAAAUUGAAGCCAGCUCGAAAUACACCAUCACGAAGAAGAAAACAAUAAGAAAACUAAUUGUUCAUAAAGUAUCUAAAAUAGACCAAUAUGAGUACACUUGCAAAAUGGAGAAGUUUGGACUUAAAACUUCCUCCAAGCUUCAGGUUGGACGUCGACCAGAUCCGCCAAGAGGACCUCUCGAAGUAUCUGGAAUGACAGCACAGUCGUUUACCAUUCAGUGGCAGUGUCCAGAAAAUGACGGUAAUUCGCCUAUAUUAGAAUACAUCGUUGAAAUGAAGGAUGUUAAGUUGAAAAAAGCAUUUAAGAAAGUUGGAAGCACUAAAGGCAACGUAACUGAUUUGGCUAUAACCGAAUUACAAAAAGAUCACGAGUAUAAGUUCAAGAUAUUCGCUAGGAACGCCUUUGGGUUGAGUGAGCCGUACUGUCCUGAAGAAACCAUUAUUGCAGGUUCACGAAUCAGAACAGAUUAUCACUUCGCUAAAACUGAUGACACGAUGUAUUGCUUGCUAGGCAUAUUUCCUCCUGCUAAAGCUAUUCAUAAAACUCCACCAUCUCCACCAAUUAAUCUAACAAUAAAGACUCUAACAAGUCGAAGUGCAACUCUAACUUGGGAACCGCCUCUAUUCGACGGAGGAAGUGAACUUACCGGAUAUGUUUUGGAGAAAAAGCUAGAAUAUAUGCCAAAAUGGGAGAAAGUUGUUACGUUAGAAGCAAACAGCCUGGAAUACACCUUUGAAAACCUUAAGGAAAAAAGCGAUUAUCUCUUUAGGGUUUAUGCUGAGAACGCUAUUGGCGUGAGUGCUCCUGCCCAAAGUGAUGUUGUUCAAAUGAGAACUUUAGCUACUGUACCUUCACCACCAACUGCUCCACUAGAAAUUCGCACCAUCGGUCCAAAUGCUAUUGUGGUCGAAUGGGGUAUUCCUGAAUCUGAUGGUGGCGCUCCUCUAUUGGGUUACAAUAUUGCUAUCAAAGACACUAAGAAAACCAUGUGGAUGGAAGUAGGCAAAACCCCAAAAGGUCUGCAAAAGUUUACCAUAAGAGACUUGCAAGAAGAUCACGAGUAUUUGAUAAGAAUCUUUGCAAGGAAUGAAAUUGGUCUUAGUGGUCCCUUAGAAUCAGAUGAACCCUUGAAAGUGCUACCAUCUGGAGAUGCAGAUCAAGAUGACUUUAGAGAAGUAACUUCCGAAAGAGAACCAACAUCUAGAAGUUCCGAAACUACUACGUCCUGGCUGCGAGAGAGCAGCAUGGAUGCUGACAUCAAAUCUUACCAAAAGGGCAAAUUGCUCAGGAAAGAUGAAUACUUCUUUAGAAUCUGGUGCUACGCCACCAAAUUGUUCAAGUAAACAUUGUGUGUUUACUUUAUGUGAGUAAUUGUUGGAUGUAAAUAAUGUUUAUAUAGAGUAAAUGGUGUAUAUUUAUUAAUUAUCCUAUUUAUAAUGUUUAUUCCAACCUUUGUAUACGUAUGUUAUAAGAAGUAAUUAUUAUAUUAUAUUAUCCCGAUUAUGUAUUACGUUUGCUAAAUUGGAACUAAGAACAUACUGUGGACUCUAAUUUUUGUACAUUCUUGAAUAUGGUUUAAUACUAAAAUUAUGGUUUAAAAAAAUUAAAUACGAGUUGUGAGCGAACAAAACAAUUUUUUAAUUAAAAAAACCAUGAUUUUAAUAAAAAACCUAAUAAGCGCUGUGAUACGAAAUUUAGAUAUUUGACAAAGUCAAUUAUCGCUUAUCACUGAAUUUAAAUGAGCGUCAAAUUCAUACGAACCUAUAAACGACUUAUGUUAUACAUAAUAUAUUGUAUUUUUUGUUUGAUUUCAUCUAUGAUAUGCCGAAGUUAUUUUAAUUUUCUAUUUAUUAUUAAGAAUUUUAGUUUUUGUUAUGUCUUUUUUGUUUUAUUCUGCAAAAUGUUAUAUUCUUUGGUAGGAUUAAUGUUUAUGAGAGACAAAAUAUAGGUGCACAAAUGUAUAAUAAAUGUUUGUUAAUUAUGCCUAAGAAUAUAGCUAUUAAAUUAUUGAAACUGUUUUAUUUGGUUAUCAAAUAUAAUUAUUAUUUUUAAAAAU